GCCAAUACGCCGCCGUACUGCCGACCGUGUCCAGUAUUGUUUAAAAAGAACGACUCCCGGAACACUAACGCGCAGACUCGUUAGAAAUACGAGUAUUUUCGGAAAAAAAAAAAAAAAACACACCGUUUUUUCCGUUCUUCUCCCCCUCUCCCCGUCGAUCUUUUCGAUUUCCCCGUACAGAUCUUUUCGAAAAUUGAUCGCCGACAAUUAUCAUCAACACCGAUCGAUACAACGCAAUAAUAUUGUACGUUUUAUUGUAGGUGUACCCGUCGCUCUACGACACACGCUCUCGUGAAAUGCUCCGCAGUUUUCACCGUUUCCCAUCGGACCGCGCGAUACCGCAAUCGUCCGGCACACCACGACGACGGCCGUUGCACAUCAAUUUCUAAUCGUCAAUUUUUCCGUUUCGAUUUCGCCCGGUCACAGCGGACGCGCGCGACGGCAAUCCCGGAAGCGAAGACGAACAGGCGAAUAAUAAUAAUAAAUAAAUAAAAAAAAAAAAACCCUCGACAAAAAAACCACUGCCGCCGGUUCACUGCACGAGUCGUCGCCGGAGAGCAACACGGCCGCCGUCAUGCGAAUCGUCGACCGCCGCCAACGGGCGCCAACAGGUAAUCAUCAUAAUGUUAAUGUUAUACAGUCUCGAUUCUCUACACCGAACGUCAGCCAAUAUCUCCGACUAUACGGAGAAAUUGGUUAGGUUUUCGCGAGAAUAUUGUAUUUACAGCGCUAUAGAAGGGUCGGCUUUUUCACAGUUUUCUUUCGUAGUAUUGUUUCCCGUAAUUUCCCCUCCCCUCUUUAUUUUCGUAAUUUUUUCGCGCAUUUUUCUCUCUCUCUCUCUGCGAAAUUGACUCGUCCUCCUCUCUGGAACCGCACGUUAUAAAUAUUAGCGAACGAAAAGAAUUCGAUUCGCGCGUUUGUAGAUUUAACGACUGCGCGACGCGUUCGUUACGUAUGUAUAUUAUGUAUAAUAUAUCUAAGGUAGACACCGUUUGUAAUGACGCCGGUUGUAUCGGUUGUAAUGACACCUUGAUCAAAGGUCCCGGAAAAAACUCCUCUACUGUAAGUACUAAUUUGUUGUAUCGAUUAUUACGACGUCUGUAUGCAAUGACUGUGCGGAUGUUGAUAUAUUCAAUAUUAUACUAAUAAUAUCGAAAAAAUAAAAAAAUAAAAAAAAAGUUAUAAAAUUCGAGCAUACAAAGGGUUGGUAUGAGGGUCGAAUGAUUAUACACCUAAAAGGAAAAUCGUUGAUGUGAACGCCAUGUUCAUAUUAGGAGGUCAGUAGGAAUGAAAAUACAUCCUCUUCCAGCAAAAACACGGUGUGUAUUGUAAGUACUUAUUUGUAUCGAUUAUUAUGACGUCUGUAUAAUGACUAUACGGAUGUUAUGUCGGUUAUUUUUGGUUAUAUUGGAAAAUUUCGCUAUCCAUAACGACUGUAUUUUCAAAAUAAUAAAACAACACUUGAGAUUCUGAGCGUUUUUGAGGUCGGUUUUUGAUUUGUCCAGAGGUUAUUAUAAUAAAUGGGGAAAAAACGUAUGAAAAACCGAACAAUUUACGAAAUGUAUCGUCUUCAUAUCGAAAAUAUUACAAAACGUGUACAACCGAACUCUGCUCAGAAUCAUUUUAUCGGUUAAUCGUUGCGAACAGAUGCACAUUAAAUUACCCCUUCUCACAUGCUCACCGACAACAGUUGCUCACCCAUCGUGUGAAGUACGUCCGUCUGUUUAUGCAUUUUAUUUUAUCGUUCCGGUUAUAAUGACAAUCGUUUUUACGACUAAUUUAAAUGAAUCCCUUAAAUCACAUUAUAAACAGUUUCGUUUUUAUUUAUUUAUCCGUGACGUCACCGUUAACGAUAACAUUAUUUAGCACAACGACGAAUCGUGCGCAAUCGUAUAAAACGUAGGAUGCACGAAUGUAUGAUGUGUAUUAUAGGCGGAGCUAAGAAAAGUGUGAUUGCUUUUUCCGAGCACCGUGCAAAAAAACAAAAACAAAAAUAAUACUAUUUAAAAUUUGUUUAUUUAUCCGGCGAAGGAAAUAUUGAUUUCGGUUAUCGCGGUAGUGUAGCGGAAUGUAACCGCGUUGCAAUAUCAUUCGAUGAAAAUCGUAAAUUUAGCAUACACAAUAUAAAUAGCGGUGAAACGCCGAAAAUAGAGUCGAAUUUCCGUUUCGGCGUCCGCAAUACAUUGCGUUUCUGAUAUUUUUGAAAAGACAAUACGUUGGUGUAUUCCGAAACAACUAUGAUAACACGGCGGAUCGCGAAAACCUAAUCGUUGAUAUGAACGCCGCGAAAAAACACCCCCUCCGUGAAAAAACACGGCGAAUUUCAGACAUUGACAAUUGAAAUUCAACGCAACUUUUAUCGCUUCAAAACGACCAGAUCAUUUUCGAGUUUCAGCGCGCUCGAUCCACAGGGAGACGCGAAAAUCGUUCAAAAAUUAACGGGGAAAACGCAACAACAUUAAAACGGACACGAGCGCAACAUAAGAACACCAUAGUUUCCGUUUCCGUAGUGUAUUCGACAAAACCCCGAAGGAGUGCGCGAUUCGGUACCGUACGCGCGGGAAUACGUCCGGACGGGAAAACGAAAAACCGGAUCGUUUAUAACACGUCUUGUGGUAAACACCGAUAAUGCGUAUUUACGUAUAUAAUAUUCGGUCGCGGUUUUUUCUUAUUUUUUUUUUUUUCUCAACAAAACGAAACAUUAAUAACAUCGCCAAUCCUUUUAUUCGUUCGCCGUACUACGCGUGUGGCAGUGCAACUUUGCGCGUUCCCGCAAAAUCACUCUCAAUCGCGUGAUACAAUGUAAUUAAACGACAUUAGCCGAUUGCCGACGUGACGGCCGUUCGGCCGGGGUUAAAUCACCGAAUCGAUUGGUAUUUGUCUUGAUUGCGGCGCGCCGCAGUCGGACCUGUUCGAUAUUCCCGUUGCGAAUCCGGCGCAAUAUUAAAACGCACGGCGGCCGGACGACGAAAUAUCGCAAAUUACACCGGCAUGGGGUAAACGUACGACGUGUUCACGCUUUCGUUACCGUAAUGACGUUGUCGGAUCGGCCCGAUUGUUGUGAAUUCCGUUUGUGCCGAGCUGACGGGGGAGGAUGGUCAAGGGGAGAGGGGGAGGGGGAAGAAGGGGAGAGAGAGAGAGAGAGAGAGAGAGCGUGCGAGGUCGGUGUAAGGGGAUCCGUUCCGUCCUCGUCUCCGCCCGCGCGGCGCGUUGAAAAGCGCCAAAACACUCAAAGGACCAACGCCUGUAAUCUUGUCCCGUAUUGUGCUGGGCACGCGCGCGUCCAAUUAAACGCGGCGAACGGUUGCGCGCGGACGUUCCGACCGAGAUAUUGCGCCGACGCGCGUCACUCGUUCUCGGUCCCCGGGGGGGGGAGGGGGGAGUUUGGGGGCGCCGCGAAGGGAGCCCACUCGUACGGUUCCGUUUAACGCGAUUUCGUUAUGUUUUUUUCUCGUUCUUAUCCGGGGGUAAGGGCCCCCUCCCCCCUCCCCCCCGGAGGUUCGUCCGGAUCGCUUCGUAACGGGCGUGCGCGGUGUAUCGGUUCGCGUAUUCUCGAAACGCCCGCGCGUCACGCACAAACCUAUUCCCGGAAAACCGCUUCUUUGGCCCCCGGGGGUGGAGGGGGAGUGGGGCCGGGGCCAGAGACGCGUAUUGAUAUUGACGUUGUUCCUACCGGCCGUCGACUGCCACGGUUGCGGAAUGUGCCGGGCGCGUUUUAUUACACGACCGUUGCGACAUCAUCACACACCGUCAUCAAUGCGACGCGCGGCGACGGAUCCGUGCGGUACAUAACGGGUAUGGCCGUGACGGUGUUGCGUGCGGUCGAUUGAAAAUUUAAACGAUUGCGUCAAACGCCCGGGAUAACUGAAAACGUGUUGUACGUGGAAAAAAAACAAAAAAACAAAACAAAACGCAUUCGAGAAUUAAAUAUCGCCGUCGGUUCGCGGCGGCACCGCGGAGUUUCGUACGGUGUAAUUUCGCUCGCGGAUCGCCGCGCCUUUAAUGCGUUACGCGUAUACAAUUUGACGGUAUGAAAACGCACACAAUCCGCGCGUCGUUCGGCGGCGCGCCCGCGAAAUUCCGUUUGCGGGGAUUUUGUUUCGUUUUUUUUUUUCAAAACCGUCACGUUUAGUGUCGUCACGCGACGAACUACACGGGCAUACGUGUAACACACGUGUCGUCCCGGUCACUACCGCACGCUAUUUGUUUCCGGACGUUUUACACAAAAACCACAAACGUACGAACCGGAACCGUCCGUUUCGCGUCCCGCACAAUAGAAUUACAUUGUGCAUGUUAGGUUCUAGUUUUUCUGCGAACUUAUAACACAACUACACAUCCAAUAGCCCUGGAUAUCGAUUGUUUCGAUAUUUAUGAAACCGUUGUAGUCAAUCAAUCUAACGUGCGACGUUAAUAUGAUAACACGGUACGGGGGUACCUAUAUUCGCAGUGAUGCCAGGAAUACGCUAUGAGAAUGUUAAACAUCCCGUCACCGCUAGAACGCGGUAAGUGUAUAUAAUAAAUGCGAAUCCCGAAAAUAACGACACAAAAUUAAUUUAAAUCCGAUUUGUUCACGCUUGUUUAUAAUCAUGAUUAUAACAAUACAUUAUUAUUAUUAUUAUUUUUUUUUUUUUAGAAAGUUGUGUGACAAUUUACCCUUUCGACCCUAGCAAAUUUCAGAUUUCUGUAAAAAUUUCAAGCCCCCAAGGAAAUUUCUAACUGAAUAAUGUUAAAAAAAUAACAAUAAUAAUAUUAAUAAUUUUCGUAAAUUUGUCCGUUUUACGUAUUUUCGGUUUUGCUCGAUUAUUAAAAAAAAAAAAAAAAAAAUACAAAGAAAAUCAAAAAAUAACUAGUCACCAAUUAUAUUAAAAAUUCAAUAGAAAAUGUUUUUAUAUUGGAGCAAUAUUUUUAUUUUUAAAAAAACAUAAAGCCGUAAAAGUUUAAAAUAAUGAAAUCGUCACGCCAUAAUUUGAUAAAAAAAAACCGUAUUUUCCGUCCUUUUUGGUAUUUACCAAUUAUUAUGAAAGAUGCUUUAAGUAUCGAAAUAUGAAUUUCUCUGCCAAUGACAGUAUCAAAAGGAACAACAAAAUCGAUCUAUUGUUAUUUUUCGAUCUGUGCAAUAUUUCUAGUUGAAAAGUUAUUUACUGACAUACAAAAAAAAGCACACACCAUAGUUAAACAUCCCUCCGAUUCUUCCGAUGUAUACACUCCUCGCUCCACUCAAAACAUGUACAAAAACAAAAUUGUAUUUAUAAUAAUAAUGAUUUAGUAUGCAAUUUAAUAUUUUAACGAGAUCAACGGGAUUGUUUGGUUUCGAUACAUUCACUCACUACUCGCUGAGAGUAUAUUUCGUGGUACUUAAUUUUAAUGAACGUUUAUGACAAAAAAAACCUUCUCCGCCGAUACAGCUGUGCUCGUGAAACGAGUGGUGGUCGAACAUUGAAUACUUUAUAAUACGAAAGCUCAUAAUGUUCUCUAUUCGCCAGAAGGCGAUGCGGGAUUUUUUUUUAAACGCUGCUUCAAACGAAAAACGCGGAUAACGGAUACGUCAAAUUUCACUUUUUCCGCCAUUACCCAAUAGGAUGUAGGGUAAUUUAGUUUGUGUACCAUUAAACCAACGGUAAACUAUUGCAAUCAAAAAACGAUUGUGCGCGGAUAUAAAACAGGCGUGACGAUCGAUUGGUGUUAUAAAUUAUAAUAUAGUACGCAAUAGAUUAAGGAGGUCGGAACGCACCUAUUUUUCGUACGUUUCAAACCAAUAAGCGGCGGGAAAUUAGACACACUUCCCAAUGUUCGAUUAAAAUUUUUUAAAUACGCAUGCAUUUCUAGAAAAAUUAUCCGUGUUAUUCAGAAAGUCGAUUUUCGAUUUUCAGUUUCGAAGUUUCGUCCAAAAUUCAGAUAUUAUUUUUGAAAAUCCCGUGAUAAUAAUCACAUUAUAUUUUAUUUAUUUUUAGACACGCCAAAUUUUAAAUCGAACUUCGUAAAUAAUACCUAGACAGUAAAUGCACGUAUACUUUAAACGUUGAAAACGGAAAUUCGGGAGUAUAUUAUAUGCUCCCAUUGUUUCCCAUCGUUUACGUUGGUCUAAAACGAAAAAGAUCGACGGAAACGUCUUAGUCUUUAAAACGGUGACAAUAAUGUUCUGAAUUGAACACGAUUGGAGACAAAUCGGAAAACCGCCCCCUUGAUCCUUAAUCGCGAUAAAAAAAAAAAAAAAAAAAAAACCGUACCUACAUAGCGCUUGUAGAACGAUAAAGUAAAACGUUUCUGAAAAGUAAUAGUUUCUUAAGUAGUCCGGUUGGAUUGACCUGCAAAAAAAAAAAAAAAUAACGCGUUCGAAUAUAUUACAGUGAAAACCGUUUUCCACAAGGUAUAUUAUUUAUUGUUGCGUACGCUGCUCUGGGAGUAUUAAAAAAUAAAAAAAAAAUAAAAAAAAACGUAUUCCUUGUAACAAUAAAAUAAUAAUAUAAUAAUUAGUUACGAGGAACGUCUGCAUCACAAGAUAAAUAUUUAAUAUAUAAUAAUACGGUGUACUGCGCGUAUGCUAUAAGCUUUCGGCCUUAAGGAAUUUCGUUAUUAACAUCGUUUACUGCAGAUCUAUCGGGUUAUUAUUAUUAUUAGUUUUUUUUUUUUUUAUCAGUUCUUAUCUGGAAUAUUGUUAUAUUUUUUCGAAUCCGUGAGUGGAAUAUACUGCAGCACGGUUGUGUAGUUUGUUUAUCACAUAUUAUAAACCCGUGAACUCGACGUGCCCUCUGUUGUCAUCGUUUACUGCAGAUCUAUCGGGUUAUUAUUAUUAUUAGUUUUUUUUUUUUUUUUUAACAAUGUGCUCUACACGUAUAUUAUAUUUCCAAACCAUCGCGUUUAUACAUUCCAUUAGGUAUUGUAAAUCUACAUAAUAAUCGAAACGAGUCUUUGGCUUUUCUUUUGACCGCGACUGCGAGUACACGCAGUACAGUAUAAUGUAUACGUACAGCCAUAUAGGUAAUCGUAUGAAUAAUAAUUUGUCCGCGUCGAUAAAUAUAAUAAAAUAACCGAAUCGUUAUAUUUCGUAUACUAACCGAAAAGAGGAAACGCACAGCCGGCGGUUAAAGCAGGGAAAACUUUCCAAACAGUCACCGAAAAUUAAGUGACGUUACCGAGAACUAUAACUCGAACCAAUCGAAACUUCAGGACAACCGUCAUACCCAGACGAGACUUUCAAAAUGUCUUUCCCCUCGUACACAGAGUACCUUGCACAUAUGCCUGUGCUCGAUAAAAAUAAAACGAAACAGAGUACGAUUAUUAUAUUACACGAUCAAGUCCUGAUCGGUUAUUAUUGUAACAGAACCGAUUCGAGUUUUUAUAGUUCCAUUAAAAAUACUUUAGUGAUGGCAAUGACUAUAAAGGAUGAGCAUACGCGAAAUAAGAAGAGCUACACAGGCUGAACCGCCGGGUCUAGAACUAUGCAAUUUCGCACAAAAGUCCCUUGUGUGCUGAUGCAGGCGACUGUUAAAAAGGAUUUUUCAAAAUCCAAUCCCGUCGAAUGGCUGUGGCCGACAACAGGGCGUUUGGUAUUUUUGCAACGAAAACCGCAAGAAAAUAUAUUAUUAUCGUAUACACGUCAUUAGCAUUUGCACAGGAUUCGAAUCGGUUUAUUAACGAUAUUAUCCAUAUUUUCUAUUGUUCCCGAAUUGCGGAUUUUAUUUAUUAUUUUUUUUAAGGGAAUUUCGUGGAUUCCCGAUGAAACCCGACGUCACACGCGGUGAAAUUUGUCACGGUCGGUUAUGUACAUUCGUGGCCAUCGUUCGCGUAGUAUCAUUAUAAUAACACCCGUUAUUACAGGGACCCGUGUCUGUUUGACGAAACAAAGUAUCGAAAUCGCACCGGUUCGAAGUAAUUUAUAAAUCGUUAUAAUAUUUUUUUUUUAACGUGAUCGGAAAAUAAACCACCACGCAUACGCUUUUACCGUUCGGGGGGUCACCUGAACAAUAACAUCGAAAACUCGAAAUAUUAACGCGCAAAUUUUGUUUUUUUUUUGAUAUCGCGUGCGAUUUUCAUUAAAGAGGCAUAACAAUAACUGAACGUUUUGUAUGGGGAAAAAAAAAAUGGAAAAAUAAAUCGGGACAAAACUACAGACGUAAUACGUAAAAUAUGAACGUUAAUGUGCGGGGUACCUACGCUAUUAUUAUUAAUUAUUCGCACCGCCCGGGGAAUAUGUAAUUGCGUAUUAUUCGCGCGCCGUGUAUACAUUAAUGUAUUGGUACACACACAAUGAUGUGAUAAGAGAGUGUUUGAUUUGUCGGUCUGAACGCGAAUAUCGAAUAUUGUCCGACGGUAUUAAUAGGUACUAAUAACGCAAUAAUCGUGCAGCAUUAUUUGUUUACAAGCGAUUACCGACAGUGGUUUUUAACAGACGGACGUAACGAGUAAGUACAAUAUUGUUACGUUAUAAUAAUAACAAUAAAUAAUACGAUAACGUCGAAAUAUUUUAAUUACUUUUUCGGUCUAUCAGCUAUCGACGUACACAUUAUAUUACAAUUUACACCGCAGAAUCAUUAAAACUGUAUAUAUGUACAUAUAUACAUAAUUUUUUUUAUUUGUUUUCCAUUUUUUAUUUGUUUUAUUCGAACGAGAGUUGUCGAUAACUUACAACGCAAGAAAACCGUAUACGUGAUUCCAAUAAUACGAUUAUCAUAUGUAUGUAUGUAUGUAUGUAUAUAGUUGCACACGUAUACUGUAGGGCAUUAUGAUAUUAAUUAGAGAUAAAAAAAAAAAAAAAAAAACUAAAUUUAAAAUACAGACUUCGUACCCGCAAUACACGAUAUUACUACAUCCGUACGUUAUUAUUCGGCCGUUUUGAGUGGUUUCGAAUUUGAUCGUUGUAAAAAAAUAAAAAUAUUAUUACAAAUCGUAGCACUCGGAAAAACGAAUGCGCCGCGACAAGCCGCAAGGGGACAAGAUAACGGCGGGGGGGGGCAGGGAGUGGGGGAGAGACGGCGAAUUUUAGAAAAUGCAUAUGAAGCACGCGAUUGUACGAUGAAUCGCGCGGAGAGCAUGGCGGACUUAAGAGUAAGUAUAUUGGGGGGGAGCGGACGGAGGGGGAAAACGAUUUCCGUGUCGCCGCUCGCCCUUAUUGUACCCGUACCACUGCCGAUGAGCGGAAUCGUGAAAUUCCAAUUUGAACGCUUCGACACGCGCCCGGUCGUUACCGUUUCGAUUUUCCAAGAUUUUCGGGAAAUUGAAAAAGUCGACAAAUCGACUGUCUAAAGUAUAUUAUGCUACGGGUAUCUGCCUGUACAUUUCGUAUAAAUAAAUAUGUUCGAGUGGUGUUUACCGUCCGACGUGCGACGUGCAGUUUUCCGUGGAGAAUAUUAUUGUAUAUGCCGUAUUUUAGCUUCCUCGCGUAAUUCUGUUCAAAAUCCCCUCCCCCCAGAAAAAAAAAAAAUGAUAUUUUUAUAUCAAAUGCCUACACGUACCGACAUUGAUUAUUAUUAUUUUCGUUUAUCUAAAAGUUUGAAAAAAAAAACUCCUAAUUUCUAUAAAAAUUACAGAGCGAUACACUCAUCAGUUUUUUUCUCGGAAGAUUUCAAUUGAAUUGUAUUUUAAUAAUUAUGGAAUCGUCUAAGCUUUAUCCAACGAUAUUUUCAAUUUGCAUCCCUUACAUCCGAAAUUAUAGUAUACACAUUGAAUUUCUCAAAAGCAACCCCCCACCCCCUAUUUGGAAUGCGAAUUUUUGUCGACAAAUUUCAAUAUAGGCGCAACACUAAUAUCGCAUUGACCGUUUAUCAGUUAUAAAAGUUUAAAGUUUAGACCGGAAGACUAUAUUAUAGGGACAAAAUAGUAAAUCCGACGCGAGUGUUGCGGCUAUUUGAAUAUGUGUUAUAUGAGGAGAGCGAUGCUCUUUGAGAAACUAAAGUGUACAAAGGUAGGUGGGAAAAAUUAAAAAUAUUAGUAAAAUAAAGCUUAAUAUUAUUUCACAAAAAAAAGAACCGGAAAUCAAAUUCACUUAAAAUUCUUCGAGAAAAUCGCUGGUUCGUGAUAAAUCGAUAAACUAAAUCGUUUUUCAGUAAACGUAUACACUACACAAUCAUUUAAACAAAAUUAAUUUCGGCCCUCGGGACAAUAAUCUCGUUCCAUUCUCUACCAUUAUUCAUCUCAGUUCUUGUUCUUAAAACAUUUUAAUGCAAUAAUGGUUUAGGUAUGUACACGAUCGUUUAGUGAAUAUUAACUAAAUGCGUAAUUUAUGAAUUAAAUUGUAUUGUGUGUAUGGUCGCUGUUUAUACCAUUAAUAAUUCAAAUAUGGAAAAUUUGUGGCUUGGGCCGUUAUUGAACUGAAAGCCCAAAUUGGCUGAAUUAUAUUUAAAAAAAAAAAAAUCGUUUAAAAUUCCCUCGUCGGCAUGAUAAUAAUUAUUGUUUUAACAACGGACCGCAGAACCCAAGAGGCUGAACAAAAUAAAAUAAUAAUAAUGUUGAAUUUACAUUUAAAUUACUUUUUAGAGAAAACAAACGAAUUCAACGCGCACCCGGUUCAACAAAAUAUUAAUUAAUAAAAUAUUUUGUUUGUCCUCAUUGUAAAUUUAUCGCUCUGUUCAAAAAUAAAACAAAAAAAAAAAAAAAAAACAUUGAAAAAUAAGUAUGGAUGUGAUGAGAAUUGCGGAUAAGGGUUCUUUGUUUAGUAAUUUGUUGCGGUACGUCAUAGUGUGGAAUUUUAAAAUUUAUUUUUUAAUAAUUUUAAAUCAUGUCUGUCUAGUAACAAUUGUUUGUGUACUAGACAUCCGGUUUUCGCGUGGUGUACCUAGCUUCUUUUCCGCUAAAAAAUUUCGUCUGCGUCGUCGGGGAGGUAAUUUUUUAAAUUUAUUUUUCUAUUUAAUAUUUUCUAUUUUUAUAAUAGUUUUCGGUUUUGUUAAUUUUCUUUGUAGUACGCGGUUGAAAAAAAAUCGCUCAGAAUCGUUUUACUGUAGCCGACGGUUUAUUGUCGCGCACAAAUAUAAAUAAUUUGAUAACAUCAAAUUGACACAAUCCGUAUCUCUUUUAUAUUCGGAGGUAAUUUUUUUUUUUUUUAUCGAACGUAAAUAAUUAAUUAUUAACGUUGCCCAGAACGCGAUAAUUGCGUCGGAUUGCGUCAGCGACCUAACGCUACAGAAUAUGAUAUUUUCAAAAGAUUUACGAUGACGCAGUAACACCUUUUAUGAAUCAUAUCGAUUUAUGGGUAUUUUAAGGUAUACCUGCGUAUGUGUGUAAAAGAGUAAAAGAGAUUUAAAUUCAAAUUAAAACCCAUCACAACAACAAUAAUAUGAGCGGGAACGCGCGCGUAUUCCUCCCGAUUGUUUCAAAUACCAUUUCGGGUCGGUACGUUUGUACCGCCGGUACCUACCCGCGGAGUACGACUAAUGGAAAAAAAAAAAAAAAAAAUCCCCCCGAAGUAGUUUUCAAAAUGUUUUUAUUGUUACACCGACGGCGGCGACGGCGUACAAUAAUAACAUUGUUAUUGUUGCGUUCGAAUAAAUUAUAAAUAAGUGUGUGUAUAUUUUAUUAUCAUUUUGUCAGAAUCGUUUUUCAUUAUUAUUAUAAUUUUUUUUUUCUACUUCAUUUUUCUUAUUCCAAGAUGUCGAUUUACACUUCUCGGUUAUUAUAAUAAUAUAAAGACGAUUAAAAUCGUUAUGUUUUUUUUUUCCUUUUCGUAUAAUACAUCACUAUCUUUAAUACUAUUAUACAAAUAUUAAUGUAAACGAACGUUACUAAAAUAUUUUAAUUAGUUAACGGAGUACGACUAAUGGAAAAAAAAAAAAAAAAAAAAUAUAUAUAUGUAUAUAUACGAUUACGUUAUUUUAUCACUUUUCGUAAAUAUUGAUAACAGUGUAAGUGUUGCUAUAAUGGUUUCUCGGAUAAAUCGAUCAACGAGUACGUAUAAAAUACAAUAUCGCGUAAAAAACAACAUUUCAUAUGAAAAGGUUGCUCAUCGGGUAGGACAGUGUCGUCGAUGGACAGCUGGGAUGGUAGGGCCAUAAAAUACAUACAUUUACGGACGAGCCGUUGGAGCUGAUCAUUCCGGGAGAACAGUGCCGUACCCGGGAUAUUUUUCAAUGGCCGAUCAAAUACACACGAUGAUGCAUUGUAAUUUAUUGCAGCACCACGUUACGUAUUAAAUCGUAUGUAAAACGACAGUUUAAGAUUUGUCGAUGUCUCGGGGCGGGCUGCAGCGUUGCCUCGCCUCCCUGGACGUGCCGCUACGGGAGGGAUAAAAACAAUAAUCUAUAACGGUCUUUCUCUAUGCGUAUGCACCGAUAAAUCACUGUAAACACGGAACCGCGGCUCUGAACGGAGUGCGGGAUUUUUUCGAUUGUAACGCGAUGUGUAACCGGCGGCCGUCACAGACAGGACAACACAACGCAUACAUUAUUAUUAUACUCAAAGGUCUCCGCGCGGGAACACUAAUUUUUAACGUGUGCGUUUCAUUAGCGCCCGUUCGAACAGUUGCCUACUCGAAACGAUUCGAGAAUUCAAAAUCGCUUCUUUCGCCCGUGUAAUUUAAAUUUUUCAUCAUUUCUGGCUCGCCGGACCGGCCGCCGGGUAUACGGCGAGAAAUUACUUUUCAACGCGCGUUAAAUGCGCAAUUUUAUUGUACACGCACGUGUAUGAAAACUGCAGUAGUUCGGUUAGCUCGCGGUAUAAAUACCGUAAAUACUAUUAUUAUAGUUUCGCAAAGUAAUUUCCCGCAUAUUGGUUUAUAGGUUUGUGCGGUAGCUCGCAUUUGCUGCAGAAUUUCAAAAUCUGUUAGGGGUCCCCGUGGCUGGGCGGUUUUUUGGCUUCAAAAAUUCCUUAAGGGAGAAAAACCGCGUGGCUCGUUGAGUGAUCCGAUUCCGAUUGUUAUUUGUUCGUCGAAAGCAUUAAAUAGUUUAAAAGGGUAAUUUUUGCGUUUACACUGUCAAGUGUGCAAUUUUAAGAAUUAUAGUAUUUCCGUAAAAGGAUUAAGUAAAAAAACUCGUAUGUGACGGCGUUCCACAUCGUAAUAAUAUUGAACAACCGUGGUAAAAUAAUUUUAUUGAUAAUCAAUGUUCUAAUGAAUGUUCAGGACUUAUAAUUGGCUUGAAAAUUAUACGCCCUGUUACAACGAUUUUGAGUAUGAAAUUAGUUCACACUUAUUUUUGAUUAUUUCGAUUGCGAAACAAAUAAAAUUCUCUAUUACUUUGUGAUUACUGUACCUGAACGGGAUAUAGACAUGAAACAUUCACACCAAACAUCACUGGGUUUUACAAUAACUUUUUUUGACACAUUAGAUUAGACGCCCGAGUAUUUUAUUCUUUCUGAAUUUGAUACCGUUCCAAUAAACCGUUCGUUUGUUCUUUAUUCUCCUAAUAAGACUUCCUCGUUUUUCGUUAUACUGCGUUUUGCGCGGAUAGCAUAACGACGUUUCAAAAAUCGCUACUGUCUUCUCCUCUCUUUGCUGCAGUAAACCUGCAGUUCGAUCAAUAGUUUAUUUUUUUUUAUACAUCAUUUUACCAUGGUUUUUUAAGUUCUACAGUCUGUCAGCGUAAAUCACAUUUAAUGAUUGAAAUUGGACCUUCCCCCGUUUUACUAUCCAGUCGUUUCUACACAAUGUGCAUAAAACGAAUAUAAAAUCAAAAUAACGAUUGAUUUUUCUAUUAAAAACAAUUGUAUAUUCGAUUCUCAUCAUAACGAAUAAAAGUUAAUUGUUUUGAUUUUUCGAUUAGUUAAAAACUUCUCUAAUUCUUUUCAUACCUUGUAAGAUGCGAAUUUUUAACCUGUUGGUAUUUUAUAUAUAUAUAAAAAAAAAAAAAAAAAAAAAAACGAAAUUUUCCCACAAUUGAUAAUAACAAACUAUGGUACAUCGAUUUUUUUUUUUGUUGAUUUCUGUGUCUCACAAGUUUACCAAGUUCCGAUUAGAAUGGUUUUUUUGUGAAUGAUCGUUAUUUUUAAUUAAGGUUCAGUGUAUAAACUAAAUUACCUUAUAUAUACAUGUAUAUAUAUAAUGCACACUUUAUUAGCUUCUCACCCUCAUUCGAAGAUUUCAAAUUUUAUUUAUGCCAAUAUUGAAAUAUUUGUAUGCUUUCAUUUAAUUUAUACGUUGUAUCAGAAAAUCAUGGGCGAAGGGGGGAGGGUUAGGUGAAAUGUGAGAAUCUGUAAAACGUAAAAGUUCAAAAAUUUUAAUUUAAACCCCAGUGGGAGGGAGCUGCAGAAACUUCUUUCCAGCCUCCCCCGUAAACCAUUUUGUUGUUUUGAUAGACGCCUUAACUAAAAGCAUCCAAAUUGUAAUGAUAGACAAACAAAUGUGUGAUAAGUACCUGCUCAACAUUGGCAUUAAAAAAAUAUUUACAUUUUCAAAUGGGGAGGGGGGGACUGGUGAAAUGUACGUCUAUAUAUACCCUCUAAGCUUCCCGCUUGGCACGGAAUAUAAUGUCCGCGGGGCUUUACGUAAUAUCGUGCAUUUCUUUUUUAUACUCGGACCAUUUUAUAAUAUAAAAAGACGGACAUAAUUCGCACGUAGGAUGUGCCACCGUUGUAGGUGAUAAGUUUGAAAGGAUAAUAUAGAGGCGAAUUUAUUGCAUAUCUGUACGCAACGUAUAAUUUUUGCUAAUGAAAAACGAUUCUGAGCGGAGUCUGGUUACACAUGUUUAAAAGGCCGUGAUAUUUAAGAUUUUCGUUAAAAUUUGAUACUAAAAUUCUUACAUAUAAAUAAAAAAAAAAAAAUUAAAUUAAACUCAACUUUUUCUUGUUGACCACUAAGUACAACGUAUAACGAACCUCUUGUUGAAUUGUCAAGCAUUUCUGUUCGAUCUAACAAUUUUAUGCACAGAAUAUCUACCAAAUAUAUAUUACGUUAAAAAUCUACCAAAAUUAAAAUAUCUCAUGGCUUAAAAAUAGCUCAAAUGUUUUGAAAAUUGUCUUCGUCUAUAAAUGGAAAAUAUAAAGUACCUGUAAAAAUUUCAAGUUUCUACGAAUAUUUUUCACUGAGCUACAAUAAAAAACAAAAUUUUAAAUAAUAAAAAACAUUAUUUUUGUACGUUUUCCUGUUUCCCGUCGGUUUUUUCCCCCGUUUGUCAGAAAAACUCCUGGGAAAAUCAAAAAAUGAUAUUUCGGAGCGAGAUUUCUAGUAGAACACAAUAGCGCACAGUGUAAACAAAUCAUAAACAUCGCGGUGAAACCAAUAAAUUCUGCGCUACGCCAUUCAGAGUCUAAAAACGAUUGUAGUGUUAUAUUAUUGUAGUCGGUACACAAUAUGAUAUUUUAUUUAUUUAUCGGUACCGUUUAAAAGAAAAUAAAAAUGAAAUAUACCGAAAUUGCUUUUCUUUCCGCGUCGUCUGUACAAUGUCUUCAAAGCCGUACGGCCGUAUUAAAUGUUUCGAUAUCGCGAUGUUCGAACCGAAUUAUCGAACGUUAAAAAGUUUCCGGUCAAAUACAAUAUAAUAUGCGAAAUGUAAACACACGGCGAUGUCAUCGGGGCCCGAUGCGGUUUGAACUUUUAACGAUUCGUCGUGCAUUUCCAAGAAAUAUACAUUGUAUUGUAAUGUACGUAAUGACAAUUAAAAAAAAAAAAAACAAAGAACCUAAAGCGCGCGGAAUGUCAAAUAUUACACAGCGAACGUCAUUAUAGCUCGGUACAUACGGCGAAUCAUACGAGGGAAACGUAAAUAUGCUAUAUUUGUUUAACACAGAUUUACUAUCCCGUUAGAUCGCAGUAACGAGCGGCAAUUAUUAUUUGUAUUGUUUUCUGUGCGCGUAGUAUAUUGAUGUAUUUGUGUUUCAGUUAAUAAAAGCGAAGCGUGGCCGAAAACGGGCACGCGGGGGCAUCCGGAUGGAAUGUUAUUGACAGAACAACGCGACGGAAUAUAAUAAUAUUAAAUCGUUCAGAGUUCGAUAUACUGAGUAUAUAUAAUGGCAGCGAUUUAAGCGGACAAUUUAAAAUCGAACAAAUAUUAAGCACACGAAAACGCAAUAACAAAGUUGCGCACAAAAUUACCAAAUUGUUUCUAAACGAUUUCGUUUCCGUGCGGUUCUCGUUAUGAUUACUAAUAAAACUACUGCGUCACGACAGUUUUAUUAAUUAUUUUUUUUUUUUUUUACAUUAAAUCAUAUAAAAACUAAUAUAAAACUUGAACAUUUCAAAUGGCUAUAAAUAUAUAGCUCGAAAAUCGCCAUAAUGUUUUGAAAGUUGUAUCGCAUCCAAAAAAUUAAAAAAAAAAAAAAUGUAUUUGGGAAAAAUGUCAGGGUUCUACGAUUAUUUCUAAUCGAAUCGCAAUAAAAAAAAAAAAACCAAAAUUAAGUCGAAGAAAAUAGAAACCGUUAUUGAAUAAUGUUUUCGUUCUUCAUACGUUUUUGUUUUUUCAGUUUUUUCAAAUAUUGAGAAUAAUACACGGAAAAUCAAAUAAAAAACCUCACCGAUGCACGCCGGUACAGCUGUAGACAAAAUUUAGUACCGGAACUAAUCGAAAAUCUUGAUGAUCGGAGCAAGAUUUCCGACAAGAAAAGUCGUUUGUAGACAGUGUACAAAACAAACAAAAAUUGUUUGGCUUAUCGUUCGAGAUUAUAAAAUUCGGUUAACGGACGCGGAAAAACAAACAUUUGAUAUGAUGUACAAGUCAGAAAAUAUUAAUAAUUUAAUAUUUGAAGAACAUUCAACGGAGUUUUAAUGUCUGCGAUUUUUCCAUACAAUAAUAAUUGUAUCGUUUAUUGAGUCGCGAACAUUUUCAUCUACAGUAAACUAAAUUAUCGAUUUUGAAUUCGGCGGCGGCGGCGGCGGUCAGAGAACUGAAAUACAAUUAUUUAACUUUGUUUUUACAAAACUUUUAUUAUGUUAUUGACAAAUUUGAAAAAAAAAAAAAAAAGAAAGUUUUGAUAAACGUUUAGGGUUGUUAAAUUCGUUUACAUCGGGUACCUAUCGGCAUAUCUAUAAGAAAAAAAAGGUACGAAAAAUAAUCGUUCGUGUUAUUUCAAUGAAUGAACGAAAUUCCAAUACGUUCCCCAUACACGAAUCCCCGAAAAGCGGACGAAAUCGACGGGACGGGUUGUCCCUAAAACAACGCCUUAUAUUUGGCAACAACCCGCGCUAUAAUGAUUCCGUUAUGUUAAAACAAUCGGAUCCGUGUUAAAUCCGAACGCGGCCAAAUCUUUGCAAUUACCGUGUUCGCGCGACCGUUCCGGCGCAGAGGUUUCGGUGUUUUUUAAGAAAUUAAUUAUAAUAUUUUAGGUAAUGUAUCCCCGUAAGAAUAAUGCCGUUCGUAUGGGCGAAUAUUAAUUAAUUAGUUACGAGAUUAACCGGUAAAUUACAAUUGAGACGAAACAGAAUACCGCCGGCAUAGACACCAAUAAAUUAUUAUUAAAGUCAUCGUAAUAAUUACGUCGUGUCCCGCGAAAAUAAUUUAUUUAACCGCGCCGCAAUGGAAGCAUCCAGACGUUUGUGGUGGUGGAGGGGGGGAUACAAUAUCAAUAUUUUACACCCGCCUACAUUUAUUACUUAUAUAAUACGCCGCGUAAUGAAGGUUUAUUUUCAUUUUUUUUUUUUUUGAAUAUUAAACCCUAAUAAUAAAUAGUUGGCCUAGGAUAAUGGGCACGGGUGUAGCCAUUGUUGUUGGCGAGAAGUUGGAAAGGUAGGAUGUAGAGGGGAAAUCGAUUUGUAUCUGUCGCUUACUAAAAACAAUUCUGAGCGGAGUUCAGCUGAUAGUGAUGCUUUGUCAACAAUAUAAUAUUUUUUAUACUGUGGUAAAAUAAUUAAAUAUGCGUAUAUAUAAUUUCUUUAGUAAUAUCCGUUUAAUAUUGUACCGAUUUUACCGUUUUAUCUACGUGUUUCCCGGUUUUUCAUAUUUGCUAGAAAAACUCUUGGGGGAAUCGAAAAAUUACUGGUAAAAAAGUUGUCCGCAGAAAAAAUUAAUCAUAAUAUUUGACUAGUAUAUUUCGUACAUUUUCCCGUUUUUCCUCAGUUUUUUUUACGGUUUUUCACAUUUGAUGAAUGUUACCAUAAACCAUUCCAAGAAAAUUUUCAGAAAAGGGUCUAUAUCGUAUAUACCGGAAUGAGCUUUUAGGUAGAAAAAGUGAAAAAAAAUAAACAUCUUUGUAAAACUAGUCUAACCUAACCUAACUUAACCGAACCUUCGCUCCACUCAGAAUCUAGAAACAGAAAAAAAAAAGGAAUAGUUUUGAAAUUCGUUAUUAAUUCCGAAGAUAAAAUGUAUGCAGUAACGCAAUUAACGAAUUAUUAUUACCUGUAACACGCGAACGCAUCAUCGCAUACGACGGCAAUUCAUUAAAAACACCGUUGGAAAACCGUCAAAACACCAACGUUACAUCUAAGAAACAUGUAUUAUACAAAAUUGUUAAUUAAACGAAACUAUAAUUAAUUUUCAACAAUGCGAGCGCACGUUCCGACGCAGAGUAAUAUCAACUCGCCUGCAUUAACCGCGAUACGGAUUCAAUUAAAACCGUUUUUGACAUAACGUUACACGAUGAUGAUAAUAAUAACAAUAUUAUAAAUUCGGAAAGCGCGCUGUAAAGUUGCGGCCAUAAUGUGUUUAGCACCGUCUAGUUUUUAUUUUUUUUUUACCGUUUAAAAGUAUAUUUUAAAAAUACCUUAUGGGAACCGCGAAAUCCUCGGGGGCGGCUCCGGGUGGCCCUAGGAGUCGUCACCCCAACAAGCCCGCGCAUUUGUUAUGAAUGUACUUAAUAAAAACAAAAAAAAAAAAAAACGUAUUAUACAAUAGUAUAAUACGUUUUUUACAGGCACAUGCAUAAGUGUGUAUAGUUGGAGGUUUCUACGCUAUCUAUACCAGUGGUUUUCAUACCUGUGCGUCGCGGCUCCCAGGGCCGUAGUGGUUUAUUAUCAAGGAAGCCGCGUCUGUAUAGUAAAUAUAGUACAGGAACACAGUAACUUUGUUUAUUCCAAUUUUUAUUAUUAUCAUUACUCGUAAGAGAGCCGCUAAUUUGUUUUUCAAAAUCCAGAGAGCCACGUUAACACUUCGUUCUACUACCUCGUCUGUGAAAAAUAAAUACAUUUUUUAAUUUUUUUAGUUUCGGAGCUUAGUGAGAAGUGUAUUUUGUUUUGCAAUGAUGUUUAUUUUUAUUUUUAAUCGGUGAGCAACUUUUCUGCCAGAAAUUUUGCUCCGAUGUAUCAAGUAUAGAACUUUUUCCGAAAUGAAAUUUUAUCUACUUGGUACUUUAAGAAGGUUAUUUUUUUUAUCUUCUUAGCGUUUUUCAUAAUGAAUGGGAAAAACCAUGAAAAUGUACGUACGUAUAUAAAAGCAACUUCGCUCGGAAUCGUUUUCCGUAUAGCAAUAGUUUAUCGUUUCGUACGGAUAUAAAUUAUGUUACACUAUCUUAAUUUCCCAACUUUUAACCUAUGACAGUGACACAACCAUUGUGCAAAGUACGUUCGUUUUUUUUGCGCUUGUAAACAACUUUUCUUUUUAACAAAAAUCGUGUAAAUAUUUUUAUACGUAGAAACUUUCUGAGAGCUGUUUUGAUUUAGUUAGCGAAUUUGGCAUACAUUUUCUAGUUUUCUUAAUAGUUUGGAAAAAAAAAUUGGCAAUUUUUGCCUUGGCAAUAAGGGAAUAAUAUGACUAAGUAACAAUACUCUGCUCAGAAUCGUUUAAAACAAAAAUGGUGGUACAAUCGUCAGGAGUAUCAGCAUUUUUGUUUUCUUUUGUUAAGAAAUAAGAGGACUACGUUGUGCAUAUUUAUUUGUUGUGUUUAUCGGACUAUGCACUAAAUAACGAACUUGCAUUCAACAGAUCUUAAUUUGUACUUUUAAUUUUAAUAUUAUAGUGAAUUUACCUACUAUCAAACGUCAAAGUAUGAACAAAAUCUGUACGUUGUUUUUUUUCUGAUUUUUAUGUAUUUAAGCGAGUUACGAAUAUUUUAGAUUCUGAGCGGAGCGAGAAACUUAUUGGUUUUACAAUGAUUUUUUUUUUUUUUUUAAACAAGUUUUAAACCAGAAAUUUUGCUCCGAUUUUCAAAUGUAGCACUUUUUCUGAAUAGAAAUUAGACUGGUGUGGUCAAUUAUUAUAUUUUCUCACGGAUUUUCAGAACAAAUGGGAAAAACCGCGAAAAAAACUUAGGAAAAACGGGAAAAUGUACGAAAUGUAUUAUUUUCAAAUCGUAAAUAUUACGGUCUUUCAAUCUUAGGCUUAGAAUCUUUUUUUAUUAGAAAUGGUUAAUCCUUGCGCACAGAUAUACAUUACAUUUCCCCUCUACCUUACCAACUUCUCACCUAAAACAGUGGCCUACACACAAUACGAAGAAUAUCCGUUUUUUUACAAUUCGUUGGCGCACAGAUUUUCCUAACCACUUUUACAGACUUAGGAGUGUCAGUGAAUAUUUUUAAUUCACCGGUUAAAAAUCCAUUUUUGUGUUAAAAAAUAUUUACAGUUAAUAAUAAUACGGUAAAAACGAGGAAAAGCGGUCAUUUGAACUUGUCAUCUAUUUUAAUUACUUCAAAGGUUUACUUUGGAAGCGGCUCAUGAAUUCUUCACGUAAGCUUAAACAUAUACCUAUUUAAUUAUUUAUAUUAUUUCUUUUCGACAACAGUUAUAUUAACAUUAUUUUUUAAUUUUAAGUUCAGUUUUAACCAUAUAAUGGUUAACACAUUUUUUAUUUUUCUCACGUUUUUAUACAAUGAUCUCACACACAUUACUAUUUCGCUUGAAAAUUGAAAUAAUGAAAAAAACAAUUGUAUACAAACACAGAUAGUGUUAUUUUUCCCAUAACUUUGUAUUAAGACGAUAUUAUUCACUCUAAUAUUGAAAAUUGGUUCUGCCGAACGCAGACUUGCGCUACGUUUCUAAGGCGGAGACAAGAAAUGCACGAUUAAUUUAUAUAUACGAGUAGUUAAAUUUAAAAAAAAUAAAUAUUAUUAUAACGGAUUGAAUACAUCGUACAAUAUUAUUGUUAUUAUUAUUAUUAUUAUUACUACAGGUAUCGCACCAUUGGUUUGUUUUUUUCAAACUUUUUUUCCGGACAAUAAUGUAUAAUACUGUUACGAGGUCAAAAAUCAUGAUUCCGCGGAGACACCCGAGUAUGUGCUAUUUGUGUGCAUAAUAUACCUAUUAUAUAACGGAAACCUAACCAUUAAUCAUAAUUUAUUUAAAAAAAAAAAAAAAAUCUACACUCGCUGUCAUACGCGUAAAACUAUAUCAUUAGAUACCGAACCGAAGUGGGUGUUUUAUUUAUUAAAUGGUUUAUAUUUUAGUUAUUGAAAAAUCGCGUGUGCAUCAAGGACGAUAAUGACGUGAUAUAUUAUUACUAUCGGGCACGAGUAUUGCGUACAGGGUGAUUAUUUUUUACCGCGAUUCGUUCUCGUGUCCGGUCAAAAAUUCUAAACCGAACAUAUCCCGGCGUAAACGGUAAAUCCAAUAUUAUUACGACAUUGUUGGAUAAAUAUUAAAUUUUGAGGAUCCGCGUUAAACGUGAUGGGGCACGGAACUGCCGCGAUUUGAAAAUUAAAACUAGAAACAUUAAUUUAAGGUGUAAUAAGGGUAGGGGUGAUAAUUCGAAAACAGUAUUUAGAUUAAGUUUAUUGUAAACAAUUUUAUUUCAUAAAGAUUUAAAAAAAAAAACCAGAAAUAGAAAUAAAAUUUACUUGAAAUCCUCCGAGAAAAUCGCUGGAUUGUGAUAAUAAAUAAUCACCCUGUACAUCGUUGCAUUAGCAUUGAUUACAACAGAAUAGUGGACGAUAAUAUUGUAUCCAAUGAUAUUAGCUUCUAUUCAUUCAUCAAACAUUUACGACGAUAAUUUUCCACUUAGCAGUCUAUAGUAUGCAGUUUGCCGUGUACGCACUAAUGACUCGUGUAGUCGUGUCCUACGCGCAUUUUUAACAAUACAAUUAAUGAUAUCUGUGUCAUAUUUAAUUAAGGUGGGUAUCGCUCGAAUCGUACACUAUAAACAAAUUAUUUGUGAAAAUCGAGACAGUUUUUCAAUUGUAAAGCAAAUAAAUUUACCUGUAAAUGUAGAUGAGAAAAAAUACGUUGUAAAUGGUUUAUUCAAAUAUACCACACAAACUUGGUACUGACAAAUCUAUAGGAUGAGGCCGGGCAAUCAAUGGCGCGCGCAGACAUUUUCAAUAGUGAAGGGCGUAGCGAACAUAAACCGUAUAAACAGAUCGCGCAGUCUUCUUCUUCGCCUAAUGCGACAACCGGGGGGAGGGAGGGGGGAGGAAUUGAAAAGCCGGAUCCAAAAAACCCAUUUUCAAUCAGUAAACUCAAGCUGCUCCUUGUAUAACCCGGCAGAGACACGAGCGUGUACAUUGGAGGAGUGAAGGAGAGGAGUAAUAAUGAUCUCUCGUCGUUCUCCCUCUGUGCACUGCGGGCAAUCCGUUAUUAAAAAGCGAAUCGUCCAGUAAGCUCUGCGUCCAAUUAUUACAGUCACGUAUUAUAUAGUUGAAACAUCCGGUCACUAGUAGCAUAAUGAACCGGUAAAAUAGUAUGCCAAAAGACGUAAUAAUAUUAUAUGUAUAUAUAUGAAAAAAAAAAAAACGCGAAAUACUGCGCAUCGAGUUUUACGUAAGUAUGUAUUAUAGUGUCGUAAUGAUGCAAUAAUAGUGUACUUAUUCUGCGUAGGUGUAUACAAAUUCGUUCAGUAAAGUAUAUCAUUAUGUUUUAUAGAAAUUUGAAAAAUGAACAAAUUAAGUGAAUAUUAUUUUCGGAAGGUUGUGUUCGGACGAAAUACACUGAAACCUAUUGAAUAUCAAUUUUAUACAUAUAAGGACAAAUAAUAAAAGAAAAAAAAAACAAAAAAGUCAUAAUAAUUGUAUUUUGUAAAACUCCGAAAUAUAUUUAAUAUAAUAUCAUAAAACCUAAUUUCGUUUUCUAUACUCGAAAACAUGAUUUACGUCAUCGUUUUUUUAAUUUAAUUUUUUCUUUAGUUCGUGAAAACCUACGGGAUUUUGUUACAUUCUUAAUAUUAAUAAUAUUUUUUAUUCACGGAGAAAAAUUCCAUUUCUUACGUAAUAAAAUAUUAUUUAUAAUACACGAGACAUGGCGACGUAAUCUUAAAGGGUUAAAUUUAAAGUCCGUUUGUCUGUCGGCUAUAUCGAUCUUGAUGAACCGUUGACAUUCAAAACGAGGUAAAGAUUUUUAUCUCGAAACCUAACGUGGCCCAGAGUUGUAUUUUUGAUAUUUUAAAUAUGAAAAAUCGAUAUAUUUUUUUUUUAUUUUUUAUUUUUUGGUCGACUUUUGUGUUACCUCGAUGACACGGAUGUAAAAUUAAAAAAAAAAAAACGGUCAAUAUUAUUUAUUGUUUAAUCUGAUUGACACUGACUAGCCACUAGUCAGUACUAUUUUUAAAAGAUAAUAAUUACCGGGCAACGAUUAUUAUCUAUGAUAAUAGGGAUAAGGGAGAACACGCAUUAUACCGAAAGACUUGCAAUUUUAUUUACGAAAUGUAUACCACUUCUCCUAAAACAGUGAACUGUUCAUAAGCAGAUCAGGCUUUUUAAAAUUAUAUUUGUAUUGCGCUUUAUUUUAAAAUAAAAAAAAAAAAAAACUAUGUCUGUAAUUUUAUCAAUUUCCCGUAAACAUUAAUAAAUAAUGAUAAUUAGAAAAUAAGAAAGAAUUGAUAAUUGUUCAGAGGUUUUCUGUGUAUAGGAUUUAUCUUUAUUUCUAGUAUAUAUUAUAGAAUAGUUUACGUAUUUGUAUACAUAUAUAUUCAAUUGUUCUCUUUUCGACAUUUCAAUGUAAUCAUUUUAACGACAAUACCCGCCGGAUAAAACCGUUUUGGUCUGAUUCUAAUCGAUGAUUCAUGAAUCAGACAUUUUUAUAUCGUAUUGUGUGAAUUGUGUAAAACAUUGUGUAAAAAACAUGUGAUAAAUCUGUACGGUUUGGUACAAAAAUGGCCAAUUUACUGAAAAACAAUAAUAAUAAGAAGAAAUUGUAUUACAUAUAAUUAUAGACUUAUUAAGUACAAUUUUGGAAUUUUCGGAAAUAAAUUUCUUUUAUUGAAUUUUCGAUUUACAUUUUUUGACAUUAUUAUCUACUGUGCAAAGUCACGGAAAGUACACUUUGAUAACGAUCGAAACCGUCGUCGUUUAUAAACGAUAAAUCUAUAUUUUGUAUAAUAUAUAAACAUUAAGUAUAUGACGUACUUGUAUAAGUAACUCGAGUAUAGACACUAAAAAAUUAUUGUUGUAUGAGUUUUUAUCAUAUAUAUAUUAACGACUGGAGAAAUAUUAUGUAUUACAGUGUUUUAAAAUAUUCUCCUCGACUCCCUUAUACUUUUAAUGAGUAUGAACUUUUGUUUAUUCAAUUGGCAAUCCUUCUCAUUUUCAACACAGAUUUGAACGAAAAUAUUAUUGAAUAGUAUUGAAACGCCGAUAAAAAAAAUCGCCUUGUUAUUGAAAUGUAUGUUAUGGUUAAUAUUGUAAAUUGGACAAUGUAAACUUUUCGUCUUAUUAAACCGAUUUUGCGCUUUUAUUUUUAAUGUUUCAGUAAAUUGGCCUAUCAUCAAACAUAAAGGUAAGGACAAAUUCUGUGUUUGUACGUUGAUUUUUUCUCGAUAUUUAUUUUUUCCAAACAUGCAAAGUAUGACAAUUUUAAAAAAAACUUAGUAUUUCGUUUGAAAAUUAAAAUAUCGAAAUCAAACCAACACAAAAAUACAGACAGCGUUCUUAUCUUUAAGCUUGAUCACAAGUCAAUUCACUGUAAUAUUAAAACUGACAACGUAAAAUCGGUUUUAUUGAACGAGGAGAGUUCCGAUUUUCAAAAUUAGCCGUAACGUGUAUAAAACCGUCGUCGGCCUGUACGAACUAAAGUUCGGCGGAUAGAAAAGCUAUACGCGCAGCACGAAAACUCGACCCUCCGAGCUUAUUUUUGCGCCAGUGAUUGAUUUCGAGGGAUGAUUGCACACGUGUCACCCGACACGACUUUGCGGGCGAUGAUAUCUGUCAAAAAUAUAAAAUUUUGGACGUUCAAGCUGUUUCAACAGUGUAAUACGAUAUCCAUCUACGUUCACGUCAAAUGUACGUAAUUCUCAUGAAUUAUUUAACGUUAACAUUAGAGGCUGCUACAUAAUAUAUCCAUUUGCCCAGUCGUCUCCGUCGUACAAACGCUCGACGCAUAGCAAAUGUACGUACUGCAGAGCCAACUAUUCGAGCCGUUCGUUUUCGUAGUCCGCCGAUUUGACCGAUUAUUAUCAUACCAAAAGGGGAAAAAUCUUUUCUUUUUAUUUUUCGUGAUAUAUUCUAAUUCGUAAGCGAGAUAUUAUAAGGGUAUAUCGCACAUAUCGUGAUUUACCCUCAAAAACUAUAAUAUUUUAAAUACAAUUAGCGUUAUAGCGCAUGCACAUUUUUCGAUAUUAUUUUUGCCGGCGAUAAACAAUACAAAAAAAAAUAGAGCUGAUAGUGUUGAUGGGUGAGUCGUUGUUGGUGGGAAGCUAAGAACAAAUGUUUUGAAAUUGUUAACAUUUUAAUUUAAAACAAUAUUUUUUUAUCGUUAAGUACCUAUAACUUAAAUAAUGAUAAUUGUGUGAAAUGUUCAAGCAUUUCAAAAAAUUGUAUCCACAAAAAAUUGAAUAAACCUAAAAAAAAAAUUCCAAAAUAUCAAUUACCUAUAAAUAACUCUAAAAUCUUCGGAAUUCGAUUAUUUUAAACCAAAUCACAACGAAAAAAUCAAAAUUGAAAAUAAUGAAAUCGUUUUUGUUGUACAUUUUUCCGGGUUUUCUACGGUUUUCCGAGUUCAAAAAAAACUAUACGAGAGAAAUUAAUAUUAAAGAAUGAUCAUCUCAGUGCACUCACUAAAAAAAAUUUGAUUCCCAGAAUAGAUGUUGCUCUUGUAAGAUUUCUGGUAGAAAAAUUGUACACAGACAGCAAAAAAAUAGAACACAUCAUAAUACAUUCAUCGCUAUGACCAGAAUCUAAAUAUACUUUAAAACAAAUAUGCCACACCUCCCAAGUGUGCCAUCUUAUUGACUUCGGCAUACUUAGUCUAACAUAUCAAAUUCAUCAUUGUACUCAAAUGUACGCAUACAAAAUAAAAUCGACGUCCCUUUGUAAAAUCUAAUAUCAUCUUCCUUUAUUUUUUUUUGCUUUCUUUCCGACUGUUUUUAAUCUGUUCCCCAAGGAUUGAGAAACAAUGGAAUAAAAGACAUAUAUACGUGAAUAGCAUGACGGUAGAAUACUAGCGGUAUCACUAUACCCUUGUGAUUUUUUUUCUAUUUUUUUUUUUACAAAGUUUUAAGGAGAUCUAUACACUAGUUUCUUUUAAGUCGUCUCGAAGGAAUUCCAGAGAUUUUAACCGUAGAAAGGUUAGAAUUUAGAGAAUUGGCAUGAGAAGGGAGUUAGGAAUGGAAUAUUUUUAAAAUAUAACUGCUCUUUCACGAACGGCUUCGAUUUUUAGAUCUAUGCGCAGUGAUAGUUUAGGGGAUAUUAUUGAUUGUGCGAAAGAUUUUAUUUUGAAAAGUUUGAAUUUUGCUAAUUUUAGAUUUUUUCGCAUUUCCCCAAAGUUGAAGGCUACAAGUCCACAUUUGCUCGUGGUUAAGGAUUUAUAUACUAGGAGCCGAGUAAUUAAUUUAUUUAGUAUGUUUUUAGUUGUUUUAGUAUUAAAUAAAUACGAGAGAAAAAAAAAACUCAAGAGAAAACUUCAAAACAUCCUGAUGGUAUAAUAUAGUAUUUUAAUUCGCAAUUUAAAAUUCGUUUUUCUCUAUUGAAACGACAGAUCGAAUGAACGCAGACCGUUUGUUAAAAUAAUAAUAAAUAUAAUAUAUUAUUAUUAUUAUCGUUCUCGUGACCGUGUCGAAACCGAACCGUUAACCGUCGUCGUCGUCGUCGUCGGCAAUUGCCCGAGGGCAAUCAAGUAUUAUAAUUAUAAUUAUAAGACCAGGGAUACGUAGUGAGUAACAUAGAUGUAAUAUUAGGACGUACUAUAUUUUAGCCUUUGACCCGUGGACCGUGUAAUAUCCUCGGUGCAGUGUACACAAACGUGUUCCGAUGUUUGAAACGGGCGCGCCCGUCGGAGAACGGUUUCGUAAAAAGAAAUUAAAAAUAUCGUAAUAACGCGAGAUAAUAUUAUUAGGUACGGUACACAAUGAUGAUAACAUUAUUAUCGUCCCGAUGCGUACGGCGUUGGGCGCGUUCGCGUGUCAGCCUGUUAUUAAUCUGUUUCGUUUAGAGAUAUACGACGACCCUUUAGACGCAGUUGUUUCUGAAACAAAUACGUUUUCUGAUCCGCAGACCAUCCCCCCCCCUUUAUACCCCAUCGCAAAACGCCGGGCCGCUCCGCGGGAUCCGAGUGUAUACACACGCGCGCGCGCAUAUACGCACACAUAUCACAGCAGCACAGCACAGAGGUCAUCGUUGUUGCGUAGUGUAUACUGUAUACAGGGUGAUUGUGUCGAAAAUUUCGAGUUUAACCCUAUUGUUUUCGGUCCGCGUAUUUUCGACAUUUCAAUCCGAAAUGGUGGCGGCACGUAUUUAAAGGAAGUGAUUAGUGAGAAUAUGUGUCUCCAGUCUUGACAUUUUUCUAUUGUCUAUUUAUUAUAACAUGUAUUUUUUAAAUUCAAAUUUGUUUACUUUUCAAUCGGAAAAAACAAAAAACAAAAAAAAAUAAAAUAAUAAGUCUGUAAUAAGUGAAUAAAUCUAUAUCAAAUGUACAUAGUAUAAAUUUUCUUGUUUAAAACGAAACCAAUCAGAACCACUGUAACAUGCAGGAGGUUAGUUUGCUAUCUGAAUAGUAUUAUAGUAAAUAUAAUAAUAAUUACUUAUACCUAUACCUAUAGUUAUUUGAUUUUAAUGAACGUUGACCUUGGCAUAUUAAAUUAUAAAUUACCCAAAAAACUAUAAAGAUUAAAAAUUGACGGUUCUACGUUACACAAUAUUGCCAAUACAACCAGGACAUUUUUUUUAUGGAGAUUUUCUAUGUAAAUUUGGGUUGGAAAUAGAUCCGAACACAGUCAAGUCUAUUUUACAUCCGGUAGAAUACGAUUUUGCUUACUGUUUGUCCGCUAAAACGGUAAACGAUUGAAGUAGUAGACGUUGUAACAAAAUAUUAUAUUUUAUAUUGAAAAAUUCUUUCCAAAAGUUAAUGGGAAUAUUUGGUUAAUUUCGAGCAGGUUUUAUUAAUGGAAAGAGCACACGCAGUAUACACUAGUAUUCACUGAAAAAUGUCCUAUGCUGGACUGAUUUUAAUAAAUGAAGGUGUGGUUAGAUUAAUCUUACUCGCCGGAGUGUCAUUGGCUAGACGACGUCUUAAACAAAUUAAUUCGGGGGAAGCGAACUAUUAUGUCUGUACAACCAUUUAAACACCGAUUGUUACUAUUACGCAUACACGCCUCGGUAGCAUGUACACUCUGUACAAGUAUACUAACAGUAUUUUUGAUUUAUCGUCGCCAUCCUUGUAUGGACGUGUAAUAGUAUUGUUUUAUUUUAGCAACGAAUUGGGAUAAAGCGAUUUUUUCCGAACGUAAAGUUGACAAUUUUUCAAAAUAUUAUUCAUUAUCUGACCUUUGUUUUUUUUUUGUUUAGCUACAACUAUAGAAAAAAUGAUUGUUUGAAAAACAAAUGAGAUGGACAUAUUUCGCAAGAUGGGUGGGUAACUGUUAUAGGUGAGAAGUAGAGGUGGGGUUAGGCGAUACCAUAGAGGGGAAUUUAAAAUGUAUCUGUACGCAACGAUUAAUCAUUGCUAACGUAAAACGAUAUUUUGACCGAAUUUCAAGUUUCUAUAAAUAUUUUUAACUAGUCAUAACGAAAAAACAAAAUUGAAAAAUAAUACAAAUCUUAAAUUUUCCCAUUUUUCUGCGUUGUUUCCCGGUUUUUCCAAAUCAUUAUGAAAACUUUCGGGAAAAUCAAAACAAAAUCUGCUUAAAGUACCACCCAUAUAAAAAUUUGUUUUCAGAAAAGAUGCUACCCUUCAUAUAUCGGAGCAAGAUUUCUGGUAGAAAAGUUGUUUAGAAUAUGAAAAAAAACAAAAAUGAAUAGAUAAUUAUUCCUGUAAAACCAAGCUCACUCAGAAUUUAAAACGAAAAAUCUGAAUACGUAUAAGAGUGAUCUAAAAUUAAAAAAAAAAAAAAAAACAAAGAAUAAAAUUUUAUUAUAAUUAUUAUUGUUAUUUACUCAAAAACAGACGAUACCCAUUAAAAAAUAUAAAUAUAACGGUUUCAUAGAAUAUCAAUCACGCGCGGUUACCUGUAGCACAGUUUUGUUAAUUUAUCGCGGUGAUUGGUUUGCCCGAACACUCGUGGUAGGCAUUCUCGUAAUAUUCCAUCACGUCAGCCGAAUUAACGAGUUUAAUUGAAAAAAAAAAAAAAAAAUUUAUAACAAUAAUAAAAUACUAAUAAAAUUUUGUACGCAUUUGCUGAUUAUUUCUCUCCGGCUUUUUUCUCUUAGCCUAAUUUUAUUUUACGACCGACGAAUGGUAUUUUUUACUAUUAUCAUAAAAAACAUCUGCCGCCUUUUAAUUAAAAAUAAUCGAUUCUUAUCGGAACGUUAAGGCAUAGUCGGGCGAGAUCAGUAAUUUAAUCACGAUAAGCCGCAUCGCCAGCGUGUUUUUGAUAAAAUAUUUGAAAUUAUAAUCAUUUUUACUCUUUAAAAAAAAGCGGAAAGUGCAUCUUGGGUCAUCAUCAUCUUCAUCAUCAUCAUUAUUAUUAUCAUCAUCAUCAUCAUCAUCAUCAUCAUCGUUGUUCUGCGCGUUAUACUGCAGUUUUCGGUUAAUGGUGUUUUUUUUUUUCUAAUAUCGAAAGCAGCGACAAAUCAUAUUACGUUCGUAAAACGAUUCUGAGUGGUGCUCGUUAAAUGCUUUCUCAAGAUAACAUAAUAUAGUAAUUUAUUUCUAUCUUCAAUAACAAAACGAACGCAACGUAAAUUUUCUCGAUUUCGCGACCAAAAUGUUGCCAUUAAACUAACAAAAAAAAUUCGAAAAAUCUUAAAAUAUAUAUAAUUACGAUCAAAAAAAGCUAUUAUCCAAUUAUAAUUACCGUGACGUAUUUACGAUAGUGAGUUGAGGAGUUCAACUCUCUCCUCCACGGGUCUUAGCAUUAGUUGGGUAAAUAAUAUUAUAGUCUUAUCACCGUAACAAAGGAUGCGAGUUUAGUGAAUUCAAUGCGUAAAAAAUCCGUUCAGAAUGUAUUUUAAAAGCGUCGAAACGUGAUCAAUAUAUUGUGUUUAUUGAAUAAAAGUAUUUAGUUUUUUUUUUUUUUUUUAUUUUAUGCUUUGUUUUUUUUUCGUUCGAAAACAUAUAUUCCACACGGGUGAUCGAUCCGUUUCCCGUACGCGUAUUUAUAAUUGAAAAAUGUGUGAAAAAAAAAAAAUAAAAAAACGUCAUAUUGAUUGACGGCUAUAUGAAUAAUAACAAAACCGCACGACAAAAUGCAAUUAAAUUUUGUAAAUAAUGUACACGUAUUUACCGAACGAGUCGUCGUUCAAAACGAACGGAACGUUUUCAAUUAAUAUUUAAAAAAAAAAAAAAAAUAUAUACAUACGUACACGUAAUAUAUAACACGGAGGUAAACGCAAACGUUCAGCAAAUCACUGAAUCUCUCUCUCUUUUUUUUCUCAGUCCAUUCACUGGGGAUUAAUACCUCAGCUACCUCCACUCCCUGUAUAUAUGUAUAUAUUUACAUUUAAACCGAUUUAAUACUGUUUAUUUUGCCCGGUAAAAUAAGGGAUCCGCAGCUGCUGCUGUAACGUAUUGAUUUUUAUUUUCCAAAACGUAGGCAGACACCCGUCUUGCAUUGUCAUUAUUGUUAAGUAAUGCCAACCCUCCUAACCGUUAUAACGCGGAACGAUAACCAACGGCAAAAGUGCGACUUUCGACUAUUACCGCCGAAUGUUACGAGCGAAAUUUUAGCCGUAUAACAUUGUGCAAUGUCAUUUAUACUUGGUUAUGAUAAUUGUAUGGCACAGCUAAAAUUGACAUUAAAAUGUUCGGCUACAAUGGUUCAAACGAUAAUUUGUAUUUGUUUGUAACUUAUAAAAAAAAAAAAAAUAAUAAAAAACACGCGAUUAUGAGAUUCCGUCGCGUUAUUAUUCGCGGCAUUUUUAAUGUAGGCUGCAAUAAUAGGCGUAAUUUGUGCGAGGGAGAAACUGCAACACAUUUAUUAAUAUAUAACAUUUUGUAAUAUUACAGUCAUUAAAACUUUUAAAAAGCUAUUAAAACUUUUAAACAAGUCAACAUUAUUAAAUCAUUAUAACGUAUUUGUAUUGUAGGUAGGUAUAUUAUAUAUUAUUUAUUCAUUUAUGACUGUAUUUUACGUACGCUUUUUUUGUUGGCUACUUGUAAGUGUUUGCUGUUUGUGUUUUUUUAUGUACAUACUUUUUAUAUUAUAAUAUUUUAAUUUCGAGUACCAUUAUUACUAACUAAUAACUGUAAUACCUAUUUCUAUAAAGGAAUACAACUGGGUAGGGGGGGGGGAAAUUUGAGCCUCUUCUUUUUCAUACCUAAUAGAUAUUUAGUUUCAACGCUGCCUGCCCGUUUAAGAAUUUACCCCGGAUUACUCUUAUAUUAUAUAGGUGCUAUUUUAAAAUCAAAAUUGAUUGGUAUAGUUUGACCCCAAAAAAAUAAGGACGGAAAAAAAUAACAGCAAAGUAACGUUUUAGAGCCGCUUGUUUCUUGAAUGUUCUAAAAAGCAAAUUCUCAAUGCAUUUUGUACUUACCGAGAGUGGGUGUCUUACGGUGUUUUGACCGCAUCAAAUGUCGCUAUUAAAUCCGUAUUAUUUUUAUUGAUUUCUCGGUUCGGUACCUUGAAAAACACAAUACUAUAACGCUGCGCUUUGCAUAUUUUUUUGUUCACUACCGUUUUUAACGUUUCUGUACUUUCAGUACGUGUACUAAAUUACUCGUGUUUCAUACUGGAUAAAUAAUAAUUUAGAUAAUACAUUAUUGAUGGAUUGAUAAAUUGGAUAAUAGAUUAUUAUUAUAUUCUGUCGAAAAUACACAAUAUUCGCAAUAUUAUUUACCGCGGAUCGUUGUCAAUCUAUUGCGAACAUGCAUGGGUACCUAGUUUAUGAUUAAAUGUCGUUCUGUUGACAAGCUAUUAUUAUAUUAUAUUAUACACGGCUAUUGUUAUACCAAGGUAUCAUGCGAAUAGUUCUCAAAAUGAUUCGAUAUAACGUUUGCUAUUGUCGAUUUGAUUAAUCGCCACGUAAAUAUUCGGCGAUUUUGUCGUACAAUACUAUAAAAUAAUCAAAAUUGGCUUUGUGAAAAACAGCGAAACGGUGAACGAAAAAAUAUCGAGAAAAUAACAAGUGUACCAUGUUUAGAUUCUGAGCGCAGCGAGGAAUGUAUUGGUUUUACAAUGAUGUGUACUUUUUUUACAUGAACACUUUUUCAACCAGAAAGCUUACUCCGAUUAUUAAGUAUAGCACCUUUUCCAAAAGGAAAUGUUCUCUGAGCGGUACUUUAAAGAGGUCAUUUUUUUAAAUUAUUAUUAUCAUUAUGUUUUUAUUGAUUUAAUGUUUUUUAAUAAUCAUUUUUGUCAUUGAAACGCACGUUGUUAUAAUCAUUUGACCGUAAUAUGUAUGUUGUUGACAAAGCAACACUAUCUCAACUUAACUCCCCUCAGAAUCGUUUUUUCGUUGGCAAUGAUUCAUCGUUGCUUACAGAUAUACAUUAAAUUUCCGUCUGUAUCCUACCUUCCCAACUUCCCACCUAAAACAGAGGCUGCACCAACGUGUAAAGUAUAUCCGUCCUUUUUUAUGUAUUAAUUUACAACGGGGUUUUUUUCCCCUUAAUAUUAUCAUUCUUUUGUUGGGUUAGAGCUUUUUUUUCUAGUACCGAAACAGUAUCCAGCUAAUAGAACAAUACGGGUGGUAAGACUCGAUGAAAUCGCGUUAUAAACGCACUAUCGUGUAUUAUCGUGAGUGCGUUUUUUUUCGGAGAGCCGUUUUAAUCGGUGUGUGAAGGCAAAGGUGGGCAAUUUGCCCCCUUUUAAGGGGAAACACAUAAAGGCAGAGAAUAUUAGAAGAAGAGUAGUGGCUGUCUUAUGAUUUUUGUCUCGAGAAGCUGAGGCUGACUAUUAACAUUAAUUAACAUUUAUUAUAAUUUACAUUAGCAUCGCAUUAGAUAAUUUUUUUUUUUAUACAAAUAUCGGUAAAAAGUAUAAUAUUAUGAUAUAGAUACUGAACAAAAGGCUGAGUGUGGGAGUUGUAUAACCCCCCUUCCCUGUUUGACCUUACCAGUGGGAUGGUAGUAUUAAAUGAUAUAUUAUCAGGAGUGUUGAAAUCAAUACAAUUGUUCGAAAUUAGCAUGGGUAUUGUAACUUUGUCUAGUUUUACUUGAGUAUUGGUUUUUUUUCUCGGACAUUUUUCGAUUUAUAAAACUGCACCAAAACUUUCACACCGUAACAUAAAAUGUACGUAUUUUCCAACUGCAGUACAUUAUUUAAAACAACAUUUUCUGGAUUCCCAACGGGGAAUCCAGAACUUUUAUCUUGACUCUACCCUUUUGACUAUCUAGUUAUUUACGAACACUCGUCGCGUCGUUGCGAAUGUACAUUUGGCCACUGCAGUCGUUGUGUACUUGGGAAUUGAUUGUACUCCACGCCGAUAUUCGAAAGUUGGGUUUGUUUAUUUUUCAUGGAAAAUCAGCGAAACAACGAAACGCGAGAUAAAAAAACCAAAAGCCAAUCGUCACGGUAACGCACGCGGUACAUACGAUAGUCGAUAAUAUUCGUACGGACUAAAAUAAAGACAUUUUUAAUCGAGGGGGGGUUGAGAUGAAAAAUGUAUUCGAUAUAGAUCUGAAAGGUGAUAUUUGUCUUCUCCUAAAUAUGUAAAUAUUUAAUGCAGUCAAUUUUUGUACGUAAUAAUGAAAUAUUCAAAAGGUUGUUUUUUUUUUUUUUUUAUCAAAGAUUUAAAUAACAUACAAAUCAAUAGUCCGACAUUCAAGAACAAUAAUGUCUAUCCGUCGGCUGACGAAGAAAAACCACUAACGAAAAACCAAACAUUCGACGUCUGUUUUCUAUUUAUCUUUUUGUCACAAUCGAAUUUAUACGACACCCCCUUGUAACUAUAUAAUAUAGACCCGAAAGCAAGCGAAAUUCUACAGUAGGUAUUUAUCGAUUUCUUUUAAUAUUUCCUGAAUCUUAAACCGAGUAUAAAGGCAAACACAAACGGGUAUAAUAUUUACACUUUCAAAACAUUCACUUUGACUGAACAAAUAACAAACAUACAAUAUUUGAUUCAACAUUUCAUCAAAUAACGGAACAACGCUUUGAACUAUUUCAAUAUUCGAAAUUGAAAAACGCAUAUACCCAAUUAUUGAUUUUCAGUAAAGCGUUCAAAGUAAAUAGUAAUUUUCUUCGGAUAUUUGAUUAUUUGUUUUUGUCCUUUGUUCUCUGCGUUUAAAUAUAAUAUAAUAUUAUUAUUAUUAUUAUAGUAUUAUAAAAAAUUAUAUUAUAGGGAGAUUCGUCGAUUCCGCCAGACCAUUUUUUUAUUUGGAGGAAAUGUACAUAGAUUCUGCUAGUAGAAAAACAUAUUUUAAACCAUCUAUUAAUGCUGCCAUUUUGAAAAUGUAAGUCUAACUGCACCGUAAUAAUUCAUGGGGAAAAUAUAAACUUUCCGAACAAGGAUUAGCUAUAAAAUAAUUUAUGUAGACAUCGUAUAGUUUUAUCUGAAAUUCCGACUGACCGAAUUGUUCCAAACAAAUUAUAUAUUUUAAUCCAUUAACUUUAAGCAAAUUCAAGUUAAUUCCAGCCUUUUUUAAGUCAGCAUUAAUUUGUUUAUUGCACGAGUUAGGCUUUGAGUAGGAAUUUAUGGUUUAUUCGGAAUACCGAUAUGAUCGUUGGGAGACGGCGGGUUACUGCCUACAUUUAAAAAGCUCUUACAUUACUAUUAUCAACUUACAAACUCCAAUAUUGAACUUACAUUUACUAACAAUUAAAAGGCUAUAAAUUAAACGAUUGGUUUGGAACGAUUUUCCAGGGGAUGGCUUGUUAAUUUGUUAAACAUUUAUAAAAUAUACAUUUUUAUUAGAUUAUAAUUGAGUAAUUAUGUCCGAAAAUACAGUACAAUUAACUAACUAGGAAUCAGGAUGGCCACAGGUAGAAAUUGGUAGGUGGCGUAAUUGAUGCGUUAAGUUUUUAUAUCAUUUGUACUGGCCAAAUCGAUGCCUAUAUAUUGGCGGAAAUAUUAAAGAUCGGUCCCCCGUAUAAUACAGUACCUUUAAUUCGGUUUUUGCGUUCAUUAUUUAUUUAUGAAAACCUAAGGGAGGAAGGGUGAAGGAUACGCUCUCCGAAUUCAUCCGAAAAAUUGAGUCGUCAAAAACGAACUAUUUCAAUAAUUGUUUUCUAAUAAAUAGACACCAUAUAUACAACAAUAACAAACACACAAAAAAACGUUUAAUUUGUAUAGUAUAAAUUCGUGGUUAAUUUACAAACGUUUAAGUUUUAUUCAUAUUUCAGACAUAACCGAUUACGCUUCAUGAGGCGUUUCUUGAAAAAAAUAAAAUAAAAUAUAUAUGUAGGUAUCUGAAAUUAAACGACAAAUAUACUGGGAAUACUCUCUGGUUCUCGUUUUUUUUUCGUACUCGACAUAAUUGCAUGGUCGACUAUAUGAUAUUUAAUUGAAACCGUGCAAAACACAGAUUGAGUUUUGUGCUAGUACUGCUUAGUUGAUAUACUAUUAAACUCGUAGGAUAGACAUUAAACAGUUUACAGAUUGAUUGAUAGCUAUUAGGUGAUAUCUAUAAAUUUAUAGUUUUACAACCUAAACUAACCGAUUCUCGAUUUCGAAUGGAAGAGUUAAUUUUAGGAAUACGUAAAAAGAGACAGUUUUGGGUUAUUUAGUUAUUAAGGAAAUAAUCGGUUCUACAAUAAAGAUGCUAUAUAAUUUUUCGUUACACUAAUACUUAAGGACUUUAGGAAGUGUACGCCAAAAAACAAAAAUUUCACUAUUUCAUAAAACUUUGAGCUUAAAGCGUGCCCUAUUAAUUAAGUUCAAUCGAGGUUAAAUUUCAAGUGUCAAAAAAAACAAGGGUUUUUAGAUGUAUUGGAGCACAUUUUCGGCCGGUACUCCCUAAAUUGUAUUACAACGAUAAUAUCGCAAUAUUGUAAUAUUGUAGUCAUUUGUUCAACUGUUUGUAGGGAUAAACAAUAGCGUCUAACGAAGGAUUAUUGAAAAAUUACGCAAAACUCGUGGGAGAGGGGAGGGAAAUCGUGAGGGAUAUCGCGCUGGCGUAUAAUAUUCGUUUCGUUUUGUUAACUUAAUACGUUUACUGCCACUGUCUUCGUCUUACAAACCUGACUUACACGAACACACACACACACAUAUAAAUAUCCGUCCAAAGGCAACAAAAUCUAUAUUCGAUUAUAUUUUAUUUGUAUUUGUAUUUACACGCGUCGAUUUUUACAAGUCGUACACUAUAUUAAAUAUAUAUUACAUACUUGUAUAUAUAAUAUUUAACUUAGGUUUCAAUUUGUAUAAUAUAUCGAUACAUAGUUUCUAUACGUACGUCUUAUUUUAUUGCCGGCGCAAAUAUUUCGAUAUAAAGUUUAUACGUACGAGUCCGUAAAUACGGCUGUGUUUUAUGUCCGAACUCCGUUCCGCAAUAAAAUAACAUUCUGUAAUAAUAUUUAUAAAGUGUUCCAAGAGUGAAAUUCGAUUCAAUGUAUUAAAUAUAUAUACAGGGUGUCCGGCGAAGAUUCCACGCAUUUAUUCGUCUAUAAACAAAAUGGACAAAUGCAAAUAUCUUCGUAGUACACGAGUAUUCGUUUUACUACCUAUACGAAAUAUAAAAUCGCAGCGACAUGAAAUCGAGCGUGUCCGAAUAAGAUAGAACAGCGACUUUUAUUUUGACGUUAUAGAAUUGUACGAAAUACAUCUUUUGACCAAAAUAUUAUUGUGAAAUCUUGAACGUGUAGUUAUAGUUUUAGUUUAAAUAUGGAUUCGUACCUAAAUGAACAUUUUUUAAUAGUAAGUUCUCAAUAAAGAGCGGUAAAACACUAGGACUGUAAUUAAUUUUGUCAUAUUAGCACAGAUACUAAUGUAUAUAGGUAGAAAGAAAAAAAUUGUCGAUACCCGAAACUUGUUAACACUUAAUUUGUAUUUUUUAAAAACCAGAACCGAAAAAAACGAAAUGUUGUUCCAGUGUUUGAAUUGGAAAAAUAAAAGAAGAACACGAGACUCACUAGAAAACUAGCAUCCCUCCCAAUUAUUACACUUAACGUAAUUUGUUCAUUUUUUAUACACGGUUUAAACAUAAUUCAGUGAAAAAAAAAAAUACUACUGCAAGAUAAGUUGUCGCUUAUAUAUUAUAGAUUUAUUUUAGAUUAUAUACUAUUAUAAUAACCACAUAAUGAAUAAUAUAUAACGAAUAAAUCGAUCCAGAAUAAUGAAUAGGUAAUCGUGAAAAUUUAAAUAACGGAUAAAAAUAAACCAGAAUAAUCGAAUGGAAAAUAAUAAACGAAGAAAAAUUAUUUUUUUAUUUAAAUAACGUUAAACUCUGAUCGAAAUCGAAUUUAUACUUCGCGUGUCUUCCAGGAGUGGAAGAGACAACCGUAAAUAUAGUGAACGCUCAAAUCGUAAAAUAGUAUGCUUAUACAAAUGAACACGGCCUAUGAGGGGUAGGGAAAUUUAGCUCCCUCCCCUCAGCCGCGCCACUGUUUUAAAUGUUUGAAAACAAUGUUUAAUUUAGUAGUUAUCACGACACACUCGAGUUCACGGCAAAACAUGCGGGGUAAACGUGUCGGAACCUAUUAUAAUUUGAUCAGAGCGGUAUGGCAAGAGUAAUAAGUUUCGAGUAGAAAACGACGGCGGCGUGAUAAUCUUCGAGUUUGUUAACUGUAUUUAAUAGCUCCCGAGUGUUUAUGUGUAGAGCUCUGUAAACUUCACGAGUAUCUCGUAGGUAUAGGAACCAAGGGCAGCCGCGUUCCCAGAAAUUUUCAAAAAAUAAUUUUUCAAUUAGUUUAUGAAACGUCUAUAUAUUGCUGGAAGCAUAUUGCUGUUACAUUGCUUUUAGCUGUUCAGGAAAAUAUGAUUUUGAAUUUCAAUAAAAAUUGGAGUAGACGAGACGAAUAAAACUGCCGUUUGAUACUAUUGACAUGUUGUCUAUACUUUCGGGGUUUUAUUUUUUUUUUUUUUUGUAGACCUGCUGAUUUACAUCGAGUAUUUUACUAUUCGCGUAUACUCAGAAGCCAAAGCACUGGGCGCACAGUGGGAUGAAACCAAUAUUUAACUGGCCAAAAGGCCCAUUUUUAAAACCCGAAAAACCCUACACUCGAUUCAUGAUUACCUAUUUUUUAUGAGAAUAUUAUGUAAAUAAAUUUAAAAUUUGAGAUCAAUUAGUUGAUUAUCAAGUAAAAUAUAGCGGUUUGAUUAGAAAUUUUAAACUUUUGUAUUGAAUAAUUCCAGUUAUUACGCCAAAAAUGUUUAUUCAUUUUUUCAGUCAAAAUAGUUUAUUUAAAUGUUUUUUUCAGAAUUUACGCUUAAUAUAUUGGCUAACGUAGAAUUAUGACAAACGUUAUGUGUAAUAGCAAAAAUUGACCCUCCAUGAUAUUUGUUCAGUGGUAAAAUUUCACUUGUGAUAAACAUUUGCUGGAAAUAUAUGGAAUCAAAACGAUCGAAUGAUUAAAACUACACGAUUUUCCGGACAUCGAGAAAAGUCCAUGAGUAUUGAAAAAUGUUUAGACGGGAAGGAGGAUUACAGCGGUGACAGAGUGUACACGCGAUUACCGUGCUUACGCCUAAAUAAGUAGGUGGCAGUUAGGUAUACUGCGUCUGUACUGACCAAAAUCGUUUCUAAACCGAUUUGGCGCCACCGUCUACAUAUACGAAUAUUCCGAGUAAAUUCAAUUUUUGGUUUAUUUUUUUCUCGGUCAUUAUUGUGAGUCCCGAACCCCGAUUAGUGUACAUCCGUCACGUUUAUCCCUCGUCACGUGUCAGUUAAAAAAAAGAGUGAGCACGCGUUUUUUUUUUUUUUUUUUUUACGAUGCAUUGGGUCGGUCGUUAUAAUUUAUUACUUGCCGUUGUAAUUUAAGACGAUUCGUCUUCGUCCGUCGUCGCCGUUGUUUUUCUCGGUCUCGCCGUCGCGUAAAAAUCUCCGUUUAUAAUAGGUCCGGCGGCGGCUUCUGUGUGCUAGUGUUGUUUUUUUUUUUUUGUUUUAUGUCUUUUGGAUACUACCUAUACACUAUACACACUACGCGGAAUAUAAGUAUUAUUAUUAUUACUAGUAUUGUGUACCAUGUGCCGACAAGCCGGGGUAUUUUGUUUUUUUUUUUUGUUGUUUUCUCACGAUGCGCGCACCUAAGAAAUAAAUAAUAACAAUUAUGUCGCGAUAACAAUGAUUACCAAGAGUUUCCGGUGUAUCGGAUUUAUUUUUUACAGUAUAAUAGUAAAAAAAAAAAAAAAAAAUCGCCCGGUAAACGAUCUUCGGAGAUUAACGUCCGGUACCUAUACCCACGAUCCCGGACCAAUUAAAAUCCAUUGCUCGUUUUAAUUUACCGAAAUAUUUCGUUUUCUCCGAUUCUUAUUUACUGUUUAUAACGCGCGUAUUUACAGACGGAUAGAGACAGAGACACCGACGCGUUUAUUGUUUACACAAUGUAGUGAUACACGAACACAAUGUGUUACGGGCAAACAAAUUCACAGUGCAGGGCGCACGACAUUGUAAUACAUACUGAACAUGUCGCUACUAAACGAGAUAACUUCAGCCGUUCGUUGAGAUACAAUAAAAUCGCUGUUGAAAUAUUACAGAUAAUGCUCGGAUUGGAAAUAUGAAAUAAGAGAAUAUAACAAAAGAAAACUUAACUGCAAAAAUCAGCGUACCUUGCAAACGUUGCUAAACUCAUCCAGUUGUAAAACGCAGGGGAGAGGGCGGCUCCGUUUUCACACACCACCCUUGUACUGAUUUUUAAACACAAUUCAGUGGUUGAUAAUUUACGAAAACACACCAUUUAAUAACUCCACCGCGGACUAAAGUUUUCCUCGCAUAUACAAUACCUAUACACAUUUAUAUUAGAUUCUACUAUAUUAUACCGUUGAUAGAUUUAUUAUAAAGUGUUUUUUUUUUUUUUUCAAAACAAAGAAUUAUAUAAUCGCGAAUUUAUCGGGAUUACUCCCACGACACGUUUUUUUCCCCUAAAUCGGGACAUUUUUUUUUUCGUUUCAUCGGUCCACAAUAGACGUUACUUUUUUUGAACGUUUAAAUACAUUUUUUAGUUAUCAAAGAGUUUUUAAGGAGUACAUGUAUUUGUUUUUUUUUCCAACAAUAAAACAGCUUAUUAAAACCAAUUCAAGGAGUAUUGGUUUUUUUGUUUUUUAAAAUACUGAACCCAGUAAAGGAUCUAUCUAGAUUACAGUACAAACAUAGGCUCUUUCUCCUAUACAUCUUAACUAAUUGCUUUAACAGAUAUUUUUUUAUCCGUACUCGAAGAAUGUAGGUAGGUACUAUCAUAAUAUUAAUCAUAAAAUAAGAAUAAUGACAGUUUGUUUGCGUUAGAUUAGCAGUCAUUUAAUUUUGACUUGCCUACUAGAAUUUAUAGUGAAAAUUCCCAUUGUUUAGCAAUUAAAUUAUAAAUUCCGGAAAUAUUCCCUCACUUUUAAAUACUGAGAAAUUACCCGGUGCAUCACUAUGUAUGACAACAAAACGACUAUAUAUUACCUAAAUUAAUUUUACAGUUGCAAAAUCCUGGCAAUUUUCUAAUAGGCACCGCCCAUACCUAACAAUAUUGAAACAUUAUUAACAGUUUAUUCAAAAAGACAACACGUAUUGUAUUUUAUUGUAUCUAGGUAGUUUUUUCUCGCUAUGAGAGAUCCGGGAAAAAUAUAAUUAUAAUAAUAUGUUAAAUGAUUUAUUUUUGUUUGUUUUUUAAUUUAGGUUUAGAUGAGGAAUACGAAUCGUCCACUAUUCCCAUGACAAUCAUAUCUCAUUCGUUCAGUAUGGGUAAAGUUGAUUUUACAUAUAAAUCUACUUACUAACGAUACAUAUAAUAAUAUUGAUGUUAUAAUGACGUUGGUGCAAUUAUAAUUUCCGGGGAAAAGCGCAAACGGAAGAGACGUUUUUGAAUGUCUUUCAGAGGGCAUACCGCCAAACUUUUUACCUUUUACUUUUUUGAAAUCAAGUACUUUUUAAUCGAAGCUUUUGACAUCACUUUUCGAUUACCUUGUGGGUAAUCGGGUUGGGCGAUUAAAACGUAAACAUCGUAGAGAACCUACAAAAAUCGGUAUUAAUAUUAAGAAAAAAUUAUCGGUUUUUUUUUUUUUUUAAAUUAGUCAUUGAACAAUUAGAACCGAUCAAUCGUUAUCCUUAGAUAGUGUACAACCUAAAUGGCUAACAACCAACCACUAUCGGUUGUCGUACUAUAAAUCGACCACAGUACAUUUAUACAUAAAUAAAUUGAUAUGGAUACCUUUCAGAGAUGUUUUUAUGUGCGCUUUUCCCCGGUUUCGUUUGCGUAUUUGUCAUUUGGAAUAAUUACGACGCUGAUAAUCGCGUACCGUUGUAAUAGGAACUAUAUUUGACGCUAAUUUUUCAGUUAACAUCGGUCGACGGACGGGAUCUUGUGUCGACAUGAAGCCGUGCGGCUUGGAAGCUGCUUGUAAGCAAAUCGACAUUAACACGUACAGGUGCAUUUGCCCGUACGACAAAAGUCAGCCCACCGAAGACGGCAAGUGUCCCAGGAGAAUGACCGGUAAGGUUUAUAUUUAUUUUGUCGCCGUUUUUUAUUACACGAAGAGGUUAUACCCGUACGCGCUUUACCCUAUACGGGGGUGGUUCUAUCGCGCCUCGGCGAUUAUCUGGUACCUACGAAGUUUCUGAGUAAAUUCAACUAUGAUUUUUUUCGAUCAAUAUGCCACGUAGAAUCGCGUAAUGAACUUAUUUGCAAUACCAUAUACCAUUUCAAAAUGUAUCCUCAUUCCGUAUACAAUUUAUUUAACAAAAAAAUAUAGGUAUUCAAUAUCGAUUACCAUCGAUUUUCAAUUAUCGAUCCCUCGUAGUUUUUAAACUCCAAUUUGGAUAGAUCGUAAGUAUACUAGGUACUAUAGUAAGUUUCUGGGUGAAAAAUCUACUCUAAAUAUCCGAAGAUAAACGCUGCGGGUCGUGUCUUAUGUUUGGUACAGGAGCGAAUCCAGGACAGGAUAACGGGGGAGGGGGUGAUUUUUAAAAUGCAUAUAAGGCACGUAUUUAUGACAAGCCCAAUGAUGAAUCAAGUUAAAUGUACAACGCGACUUAAAGUAUAUUGGUGAGUGAACGAGGGGGGGGGGAGCGGUCACCUCUAUCGCGCCUUGGAUCUGUCCUUGAAUCGGUACCUGUAUAGGCCAUAGUCGAUGUGUUUUGGCUGAAUGCCUUUUUGUUAACGGUAUGUUUUAUAAACUUUCACGCGCAGUGCCGGUCAAUCCAAAACCGUUUAUUAACUUGAGCAUCAACAAAAACGAACAGAAAUCGCCCCAGCCGACUCUGCUCAACUACACGGCGACGAAGACUACAACCACGAAGACGACACCGUCGAUAACGACGACGACUAGUUAUCCGAUCAAUACAACUAACGACGUGUUCAAUUAUAACGCGACUUUCUUUCCCGUGAGCAAUUAAUAUUAAUGUAUUUUUUACGACGGUAUUUAUAACAAUAUGUGUUAUCACCAAUGGCUCGCGCAUGGGGAGGGAGGUAAGGGUUAUAUCUCCCCCGUUGGCUUAAAAAUAUGAUCAAUUAAUAUUGAAAUGCGUAUAUUUAUCAGAGUUAGAUUAGGGUUUUUUUUUCGGAUCCGUCUUUUAAAUUACCUACCCCAGUAAGUAAGUUAUCUUGUGUUGACGUGACGUAUUACUAUAUUAUUUCAUAUUAAAGGAAAGGUUUUUGUGCAAAUGAAUACCAGUAUAUUUGUUUGUCAUUGUUGGAUAGCUAUACAUAAACUUUGUACGAGAUUUCGCGUCACGUUUUCACGUGCAUUAUUACUAGGGCUGGAAUUUCAAUGUACCUUGCAUUUUUUUUUUUUCGAAAUAUUGCUGUACGAUGCUCGUAUUGUCGAAAAAACAUAAAUCUAUUUUAUGUACUUCUGAAUGAAAUUAAGAAUUUUUAUUUUGCAUCAUUUUAAUAAUGUUUGGUGUUUUGGUUAUUUUCUGUAUUUUUUUUUUUACUGCAUUUAGGCGGUAUUUUCGGAGUUUUGGAUGAAAAAAUUAAAAUUUUAAAUUUUAUUUUAAGAUUUCCACCCGCAAUCAUGAUUUGUAUACAAAUUAAUAUUAAUAUAACAAACUAUUUAGUAGGUUCCCAUAUUAUAUAUUAUUAUCAGACAAUAGUCGUGUUGAAACCUAGUUAACGAUAGUUAAACAAAUAAAUUCUUAGGCAGAACUAACGUGGUAUUUUUAGAAUUAUUAGGUUUUUUUUUUGUUUAAUUAUUUGUUAGAACAAACGAAGCAAAUAAUUUUUUUCUAAAUUAAUAGAAGUUCAAUGUAUCAAAUUUAAAAUGUAUUUAUAUUUUAAUGUUAAUGUUUUUUUUUUUUUGAAUUUAACGUUAUUGAACAUUAUUUACAUUGCCAGCCCUAGUUAUUGCAUUGUAUAUUAUUAAAAUACAUAUUUGGAAAAAUAAUAUUUUACCAGUAGUGAAUAAUAAUGGAUUACAUUUUGUUGGUGAAAAAUAAUCAUUGUAAAUAAAUUUUACAUCUGUUUACAAUGAUUAUUAUAUAGCACAACGAUAUAAUUCUUUUAAAACAAUUUCAUCUAAAGAUUUUAAAUAACAUAUUUUAGAUUCUGAGUGAAGCGAGGAAUGUAUUGGCUAACUAUAUGUGUGCGUAUUUUUUUUUGUCUGCGAGCAACAUUUUUACGGGAAAUCGAGUAUCAUAAGCUGGCGCCACCCAAUCAAAAAUUAAUCCAAAAAACUUUUUUUUUAUGGUUUUCGGAUCUAAUUGGUGCAUUAAAGAGGUUAUUUUUAUAAAGUUUUUUUUUUCAUGUUUUACUCCAUAAGAUGCGACUUUUCGACCGAUGGUACUUUAUUUAAAACAUUUGUCGACGAUUUCAGCAGUUUAUUCCCAUUGUUGUUGUUUGAUUUUUGUUAAUUUCCUGGUUACCUUGCAACAAGUAAAAACACGACUUAUAUCAAUGCUCAAAAUUGUUUUUUUUUAUUUUUUGCAGAGUAUAUAAAUUAUAUUACCAUGUAUAUUCUAUCUUUAAAAUUACUCACCACUUUUAUACAUAAUAAUAUAUUAUUUUUAAUUUUAAACGGUUUUUAUGUUUUCUAUAAAAUGGUGUUUUUUUUCUCUUAACUAGAAUCCUAUCACAUUAUCAACACCACCAAAUUUUUUGUUAAUACUUAAGUGUUUAUUUCUCUCUAAUAAUCCUUAUCGAACAUUUAAAAAACAUUCGACACAGUUUCGUAUAUUGGCCGUUUGAACAAAAUUUGAUAUUUAUUAAUGUUUUAAAAGGAAAAUGUUUUUGAUGAAUAUUAAAUUAAAUAUUUGAUUCGCGUCGAGUAAAAAUAUUUGUAUAACAUACAUAAUACAAUAUCAAUAUUUGAUAGAAAUACAACACUCGGCGAAUUACUCUGUGUUUGAUUAUUGACCGAGGCAUAAUAUUUAUUUUAAUGGGAAAUUUAAUUUGUGGAAAAUAAAUUAAAAAUAAAACAAGUAUAAUAAUAACAACAGUUUCAAUAAAAUUUUUGCUGGAACACGAUUAAAAUAGUAAAAUACAAUAGUAAAAUCAGGAUAUUCCUUACUUUGUUCAGAAUCUAAAAUGUUUAUGAGCGAGAUAAUUAUUGUGUUAACGUGUUUCGUUAUGUUUCUGUACAUGUGUAUAUGCAUAGUGGAAAGAACAGUUGGACGUCAAUUUAUUCGGUUACAUGUUGCGAUUGAAUUUGUUCAUGUUGGUGGCAGCGUUAAUAGCGAUAAUUUUGACGGUCGUAUUUAUAUUGAUCGCGUGUUUGACUAGGAAGACGAAAUGUUGUUGCAAGAAAAAAAACGUAAACAAAACCGACGUAAGUAUACUUAGCACACAUAUACUCGAGAACAACUCGAAGCAUUCCAAUUAUUUCCGUUUGUGUACAGUGUACAAUCCUAUGCAUUAUACACACUGGACUUAAAUAUGUAUUGCUGUUUGUUUGUUUAGCCGCCCGUAGUGCCGUUGAUGAAAGGUAUUCUCCAAGACGACUGUUUUGCACUGAACCCGCAGUACGACUCGCCGACGCCCAAGACGAAAGAAACGAUUUUGAUACCGUACUUGAGUAAAAGCUGUAUAUCGUCAAUGGAGGAAAUUGGUCAAGGGUUUUUCGGACAAGUGUUCAGAGGUAAACCACGUCGGGAGUUUAUUUGCGCAUAGACAUACUAAUUGUCGACUUAAUCUAGAAAAAAAAAAAAAUUCUCACUAGUGCCCGGAUUAAUAAUUCGGCACACUCUUUAAAGGGCGCUAUACCCGCAAUGUGCUGUCUCACUUCAACUAACGGGCGAUAUUAGAAAAAUCUACCUCACGCAGUCUGUGUGCCGCUUGCCCUCCGAAAUAUUGUACUAUUUCGAUUUUAAAACAGAUGUUUUUACCCUAAAACCAAAAUUAAGCGAGUUCUACGCAGACUGCGUAAAGUAGAUUUUGCUAUAUCGCCCGUUAAUUGGACUAAGUCAACACACGCGGGAAUUAGACGUGCUUAAAACGACGCUUCUUAAAAUUGAUUUUGUUUCGAGGAAGAAGACGAGUACCGAUUUACGGUUAUUGUAAUUUGACAUUGUUUUCGUAAAGGUAUUAUGAAACACCGUGACGGGAGAUUAGAAACGGUCGCGAUAAAAAUGCUAAAGGAUCAUUCCAACUCGGAAGCCAAAGAAGAUUUCAUGAGAGAAGUCGAAAUAAUGACGUAUUUCAGACAUCCGAAUAUACUGACGUUGAUCGGAGUCUGUCCUGAAGGUAAUAACAGUUUUUUUUUUUAUAUAUACACAGUGAAACUUCCCUUAACGGACACCUCUAAAUAGCGGACGUCUCCAAAUAGCGGACGAUUUUUCGGGAACGGGCAUAUUUUCACCACUUUUGUAUAGGAAAUCCUCUAAAUACCAGCUAAACAAGCUAAAAUAACUGAUUUUUUCAAUAAAUGUUAAUUUUUAUUUACAUUUUCAUUGAUACUUUUACAUACAUAAUGAUAACAUAAUUUUAAAUAAUAAUAUGUAUAAUUAAUAAUUAAUUUUAAAAUAAUACAAAUAUACAAAUAUCGUUAAUAUACAUACUACAUACAUAAACGUUGGCCAUAGUUAUUAAUUUCCCCGAGUUAUUUUCGAGAAUUUUUUUCCCUCCUGAAACCUAACCGAGAGUGUCCGGUAUUUAGAGGUUUCACUGUGCAUUAGUUUUGUGCCCGUUUCAAAAAACAACGGGUCACCGAACGCUGUUGACAAUAGUUGUAAAUUGUGUUUUAUAUUUACAAUAAUAUCAUGGAUAUUAAUUGAUUGGCCACGCGCCGGAAUGUCGACGGACGUUAAUUUUUGAUUCGUAUAUUUAUUUGUCGCGGAAAUUAUUUGCACGAUCGAAAAUUACGUUCUUCGUUAUGAUACCUAUGUAAUUACCCGUACUUUUUUCGUGGACUUUAUAACUGAAUUAUGGAAUAGUAAUAUUAUACAUUAUUUUGCGGGGGUAUACCGGGUGAUUCAUUUAAGCGCAGGCCGCGGCUUCGAUAUUCCGAAAAGUAUUGACGUUUUUCAAAACAAAAUAUUUUGAAUGUUCAAGAAACAAACACCCCUAAAAUGUUACAUUUUAAUUAUUUUUAUCACUUUUAUUUUUGAAAGCAAAACAGCUAAUUAUUUUAAUCAUAAUUUUUAAAAUAGUUACCAAUAUUAAAAAUUCCAUAAACGAAGGAGUAUUAGUUUGAAUAAAUGUCGAUUUCCAUCAACCCUUCGACGAGAUAUUCCACGUUUAAAUUUGGUGAAAGGGUAUUUUUUCCCCGGAUUGGAUUGAGUUUACCAUGUCCGGAAGCUGGUAUGGUUCAAAGGGCCCCCUUACGCUAUUUAUCAUUCAGUUUCUUCUUAAAGAAAUGAAACAAAACCAUAAUCUCCGUCAAUAGAGUCGAAUUUUCCUGCAACUAACUUGUAACAAUAUUCUUUUAUUUUUUCGUUUUUGAAAUAUAAGAUAUUGAAAACAAAAGGUUUUUCAAAAGUCAAAAAAGGUACAACAGUUUUGAAGAUUUUCGAUAAAAACACAAACAGACGAUGCAAUCGGAGGUAGGAAGUUUAAACCUUCUAAAGGUGUAUCCUAGACAAAAAUUCUAUGUAUGUAUGCAUGUAUGUAUGUAUACACGUUUUAACUAAGUUAGAAAACUUCGUGAGUCUGUAAAUGUUUUUAAAACCCGAUAUUUCCCGUGAACAUACGAAAUAUGAGCAUACAAAUGGUUCGGGAAGGGGAUUGAAAUUUGAAAUCAUCAAAAGACACAUCCUUACACUACUUAAAAUUUCAUCCCUUUGGCUUUAUUUGAGGCUUCUGUAGGAGUGUACAAAUGUACCGAUACAUAUACAUAUAUAUAUAUCAGACAAAAUACAGUGGAACAAUCUUAAUUUUUGGGGGAAAUUUGACAAAAAAAUAAUGAUACAAAUGAAACGGUUGUGUAGAAUAAAUACAAAAGUAUAAAGCAAAUACAUAUAUAAAUUAAAAUUGUGCAUGCAAAAUUAAAAUAAAUAAAUGAACCAAUGCGUCGCCCGGAGUAUUAUGAUAAGUGUAUUAUACGACCGGGUUCGAAUUGAAAAUUCAUCAUCGGGUAUAUCACAGUCAAAAUGUAAAACGCGACUAAUAUUUUAAGUACAUAAACUCGUUUCUUGAAUUGUCGACACGUUUUUAGUUUUUUGAAUUAUCGUGUGUAGCCACUUAAAUCAUCUUGUACGUUGCACUCGUGUUUAUAUUGUAUAUGGAUUCGUAGUUGUUGAAAGUUUGAACACAGGGGAAAUCAGAGUUUUAUGUGGCAAAAUGUACUUCUGACAAAGUAAAUAUUAAAACAAGACUGUGUAUAUUGUAUACCACCGAUAACAUCCACUCGAACUUUACUUCUUACCUAUAAACCCAUCAUUUUGGUUAGUAUUAAACAAAACUUACUGUUACAUAGUGUUUGUGGAAAGUUUUAAGUGGUUAUUAAGCUGAACAUAACGGUCCCGUCAUAGAUUAAAAUAUACUAUCUGGAAAACUUUUGUUUUCUUGGAUUCUGAACGUAGCUAAGAUUUUGUUGAUAUUAUUUUGAUGUGUGCUUAUUUUUUUUGACUGCCUGUCACCGGCAUUUCUGCCAGAAAGGAAAUUUGAUUGGGCUCGUUUACUUUAGUGAGGUCAUUUUUUUUUUAUUUUCCAAGCAGUUUUCAUUAUAAUUAUCAAAAACCGGAAAUAAACUUAGGAAAAACAGACAAAUUUACGAAAAUAAUGCUUUUAUUAUUUUUAAUUUUGUUUUCUUGUUGUAAUUAACUUCAAAAUGUUCGCAGUGACUUGAAAUUUAGACAGAAAACUUACCUGUAUAUUUCCCUUUUCUAGACAUGGUCAAAUUUACAAAAUAUUUACGUUUUUUUAAACUAUUUAUAGACACAAAAUUUCUGGACCAAACAGAAAUGCUUGAAAAUUUAACAUGAGAUUCGUUAUAAGUUGCACUUAGUGGUCAAUAAGAAAAAGUUGAGAUUAAUGUAGUAUUUUUUUUUAUAUAUGUAUUUUGUUAUCAAAUGUUGACGAAAAUACUAAAUAUUCGGCCUUUUAAAACACGUAUAACCGAACUCCAUUCAAAAUCUUUUUUCGUUAGGAAUGGUUAAUCGUUGCAUACAGUACGAUACAUUUUUCCUUUACCUUUCCAAAUUUUCGUCUACAACAGUGGCCUACCCAUUGUACGAAGUAUGUUCGGUUGAUUUUUUUUUUUUUUGUGUAUUACGUGAACUUCUUUUUGAAUGAAUUUUACGAUAGUGCAAUACUUGUGAUAAUAAUGGCCUAUUUCUUAAAAAUGUAUGUAUGAGAAAAAAUUUCCAUAUUAUCAUGAUACAUUAUUUUUAAUUUUUUUCAAAUGUUAAUUUUGACUAUAACUCCCACGAAAAAAAAAAUGGUUUUAUAUAUAAUAUGUAUGAAUAUUGAUAGUGUAACAUUGUUUUAAACAGUUAUAAGGUUAGACAAAAAUUAAUUGAAAAAAAUCUGAUACUUUUAAUGAGUACACACUCAUUAAAAGUAUCACAUUUUUUAACAGUACGUGCAAAGUUGUGAAACAGGAAUGUUUUAUGUUUUUUAAUUUAUGUUUCUAUGCAAUAAUAAAAUAUUGCUUACGAAAUAACGAUUCUAAGGAAAAUUCUGUUUAAAAAUAUCGUAUUUCGUAUAAUUUUCAUCAAAAUUUGAACAUACAUAUUAAACUACUAAACUACUGUAACUUUUUUUUUUUUUAACAUCAAAUGCGAUUUGUCUUCGUCCUGAUUUUUAAAUUUCGAUCAAAUUUUCGUUUAAAAAAUUACAGUAUAUUUUCAUAAAUCAAAAGUGAUACGCUAAAUAACGUAUAAUAACUUUAUCUUUAAAAACAUAUAUAUAUAUAUACAAAAAUCGACUGCAUUAUAAUAUCUAUUUUUUUUUUUUUCAAUAACACAUGAUGUAAAAUAGUCGACCAGUUCUGUUCAGUCAAAACUGUUUUAUUCGUGUAAAUAAAAUCAAAUAAAAACAAAAAAAAAACUAAUAAAUGCGUAAUGUCAAUAAAUAGCUCAAAAAUACGCCCAACAUAUUUCGAAUAUUUGACCACGUCUAGAAACGAUAAAUUUUAGAAUUCUGCCAAAAUUACAGGUAUCCAAGACUAUUUUAUACCGAUUUACAAAAUACCAAAAAAAAAAAAAAAUCUAAAUCUUACUACGUUAUCCACGUUGUCGAUUUGGAACAUUAAAAAAGUCAGCCAUCUAAUUCCCAGCAUUAUUAUAUUAUUAUCAUAACCUGACCUAACCUAACCUGCCCACCUCAACCCAUUAAAGUGUCUACGAUAGCGGAACACUCGCGUUUUUCGGUAAAAUAAAAAAAAACGAAAAAACGCGAUAAUUUUCAAACAGCAAUAAUCAAUACGGGUAACGGACAAUAUAUUACGAAAAUAUUUUAUUGUCCGGCGGUGAACGCCGUUCGUUUUCAUUCGCUUGUUGACGGAAAACGGUUUCCUCCCUCCCUCCCUCCUUUAUCGACAUUCGUUGUUCGUUUCACUGGCCGUCAAUUAAUAAUUACAACGCGUUAUGGUGUACUACGGUUUCCCGUACGGCCGUACAAAGGUUAUUAUAAUUAUGACCGUGAAUAUUUCCAGCGGUUUCCGCGGUUCGUUGUUAUUACGCGUCGGCAACGCGAAACCGGUCACGCCGCGAACGUAUAAAUCGACUACGGCGCGAGAAUCGCCCGCAAUAAUAAACUCGAGCAGAGUCUUGAAUUCGACGUUCGGCCGCAGCCGCCGCUCUGCGCCCGGGCGGUCACCCCGGUUGCGCGGCCGCCCCGUCGUGGCUGUAGCCGUUGCCGACCGCGCGAAUUCCGAUCGUAAACAUUGACGCGCCGCCCGCAUUAUUCACAAACAUCGGGCGCGGUGCAAAUUAUCGCGAAUAAUCAGAAUCGGAAUAUCAAUUCCCCGGAGUUUGUCGCUGCGACAACGCGGCACCGCGUGCGCCACGUGCACUGCCGUUUUCCGCGCGGCGAGACGAACGCGUUUUAUUUGUCGUGUGUUUUUCGUCCGUCUCGUAACGGGCUCGACGCGGUAAAUAUUGAAAACGGCCCGCGGCGUACAACGCGGUGUGUUGUACCGGAAACGGUACACGCGAUCGUUGUUUGCGCCCGGGGGGGGGGGGGCGAUUCGCGUUUUUCGAAAUUCAAACUCGUUUCCCCGGCCGAAAGCGAAGAAUACUUUGUAAUUCUAAUCUCGACGUCCGUAAUUUCCCGGCGGCGUUUAGUAGGGGGUGGCGCGCCGGACGUCCUAUCGGCGUUUGCGCGAGAAACAACAUUUGCCGUCAUUCGCCCGAGCACAAGGUACGCAGGGCGAUUUUACCGAGCGUGCUCGCCCCGCGCGUUACGGUGUCGUUUUUCGGAUUCAUUCUAAUUCUGAUUUUUGGAAGUUUUACGUGUGGUUAAAGCCGAUGUUUUCGAAUAUUCAAUUUGUUCGCACGGCAUUUAAGCAGUGCCCUGUGACGAUACCGGAUUGGGUUUUUCAAAUGAGAUCCCACGUUAAAAGUUCCAUAAAUACGGAGCAUUGCAUUUAAUCAAUCUCGGGGUCAACAUUUGCAGACUUGAAAUCAAUAACAAGCUAACUGCCCGAUUGAUUUUGGCCAGUUGAUUUUCAUAACUGAAUGACACCGAAAUAUAUUUAAAGUAAUACUCCGUGUUUUUAUGGAAUUUUUAAUAUAGGAUUAAAAAAACAAAAAAAUUUGAAUGCAUACAAAAUUUAACGAAAAAAAAAAAUAGGGUGGGCACGCAUAGUAAAUCAUUCUGUAUAUAUACAAAAAAAAAAGAGAGAACUUACACUGUGCAACGUUGAUUUUAGUUUUUCGAUUACAAUUUAUUGUACUGUACGACAUUUGUUAUUCGAGUUUGAAAAAGUCUUAAAAUGAUCAGGUUUUAAAACAAAACUAACUUUUUUUUUAUGAUACCGAAAAACUAAAAACAACGUUGCACAAAACAAAUUCUCCAUUUUUUUUUAACAAACAUUUGGUUUCUCGAUUACGUUUGUGAUAUUCCUGAGUAAUUUCCGUCCACGUACGGUUUACGUAGGUUACGUACGGUUUUCACAGUUAAAUCGCAAACGAUAGCAGCAAAUUGAUGACGGUGUACAUUUUAGCCGAUUUAAAAAUGAAAGUCAGAUAAGGCUGUAGGAAUUAUUGUGUUCGACGAAUUUCAACCGUUUAAUAAACAGAAAAAAAUUUUUUUUGUUUUUAGGUUCUUAACUAUAGAACAGAUUGAAAAUAUAAAACCGUAAUUAUUUGACUGGAACUUGUAAAAUAGUCUUAAUUAAUUAAAUUAGUCUAAAUUAUUCUUGUAGAAUAAUCUUCGAAAAUGUGAUAAAAAUUUGUUCGCUUAAAUUACCUACGAGUAUGAUAAAGCCAAUUCAAAUUACAAAAAUAUUUCUUAUUGUAAAGAACCCAUUCAAAAUAAUCAUAAUCCUUUUUUAUCAAAGUUAAUGAAAUCCGUCAAACACAAUACUUUACAAAGUUUUGUUGGCUUUACGGUCUAAAACGUCAUGACCAUCUGUGAAAACGGCCGUACUCUUUCUCUUGAAAUGGGUAACCAUCAGGCAGUGGAAAUAGCUCUUCAUUACGUUACCACCAGCAAUUUGACAGUAAAAACUAUUUUACGCGGGCAAAAAUUACCCGAGCUUAUAAAUAUUAAUUAUUCAAAUUGUCACCAUAAAAAAAAAAAAAAAAAAACUAAGAAAACUUGCACUGUUUUGUAACGUUGGUUUAAUUUUUUUGAUACCACAAACAAUAUAAAACAUGACUACAUCACGACAAUGGGUUGACGGAAAUUAAAAAUAUCAAUACCAAAAUUAAUUUAAACUAAUAUUUAAUCUAUUUACGUAGUUUUUAAUAUAGGUAGCUAAUUAAAAUUCAAAAGGGGGUAGUGGUUUCAACUCCAAAAUUAAAGGUGACAAAAUAUAAAGGAAACAUUUUAGAGUUGUUUAUUACUCAAAAUUUUUAUAAAAAAAAAAAAAAAACAAUAAUACUUUCCGAGACAAUUAGUGUCUUGCGUUAUGUCGAUUGCCCUGUAUAAUAGUAUAAUUUGACCGAGUAAUCAAAUAAUAUUAUGAUUUUUAUGAUUUAUUCCCGGUUCAAUAAUCCCGCACUCGUGAUUAAUAUUUUGAUUUUUGCAUAUAUUUUUUUUUCCUGCUGGAAAAUAGAAAACAAAUGUUCCCCGUGGAUGAUAUUCGAAUUCAUGGAAUUCGGGGAUCUGACGUCUGUGCUCAGAAACAGCAGCGACCAGUUUACAAUCGGUUCUCCGAGCUUACCUUCUUUGAACAGAGUAAGCGAAUAUCAUUACCAGGUAUUAUUACAAGUCAUUUAAUAUUCAAUAUCUAUUGUACUUUUAAAAUUUGCACGAAUAAAAUACCAAUGUAAAAAAUCCAUUUUAGAUUCUGAGUGGAGCAAAGAAGCUUAUGGUUUUACAAAGAUGUUUAUUUUUUUUAAUUUAAUCUGUGCGCAAAUUUUCUACCAGAAAUCUUGCUCUGAUUUUUAAGUAUAGCACCUUUUUUAAAAGAAAAUUGGACUGGAGAGGUCCUUUAGGGAAAUCAUUUAUCGAUUUUCCCGAGAGUUUUCUCCACAAAUAUGAAAAACCGUGAAAAAACAUGGGAAAACCGAGGAAAAACGUAGGAAAAAUCGGUACAUUUAACAAAUGUCAUUAAAGUUAAUAUAUAAUUCCUAUUUAAUUAUUUUACCAUAAUAUAAAAUAUAUAUUGUUGAAAAAGCAUCACUAUCAACUGAAUUCCACUCAGAAUCGUUUUUCGUAAGCAUUGGUUUAUCGUUGCUUUUUAUUACUAUUAAAUUAUCCCCGUGGUUUUUUUUUUUUUUUUUUUUUUUUAUUAGGACGCGUUGUUGAUCAUAUCGCUACAAAUAUCGGCGGGCAUGAAGUAUUUGGCCAGUCAACGGUUCGUGCACAGAGACUUGGCGUGCAGAAAUUGUUUGGUGAGCCACAACUUGACUGUGAAAAUAGCAGAUUUCGGGAUGAGCAGAGACAUUUACACGUGCGAUUAUUACAAAGUAUAUACGAACACUUGAUUUAAAUAAUUUAUAUUUGAUUUCGUAAUCGUGUUUUUGUGCGCCGUACGUUAUUUUUUACAUUGACGUGAUUUGUUUACAGGUCGGCGGUUCCCGUUUGCUUCCCGUUAGAUGGAUGUCGCCGGAAAGCGUAGUGUACGGGAAAUUUACACUGGAAUCGGACGUAUGGUCAUUCGGAGUCGUAUUGUGGGAAAUUUAUUCGCUGGGAAAACAACCGUACUACGGGUAUUCGAACGACGAGGUAAAUAUUAUCCUAUCGAUCGGAAUCGGCUCGAAAUACUAUUGUGCUUGGGCGGUUCGUGUAUUUUUAAUAACACCGAUAACAUCCGUAACACGUUUUUGUUUUGUCAUUUGUGUUUGUAACAUGACAAUACUAGUAAUUAAGUUUAUAAAAAAACUUUUUUUUUUUUAAAUACAAACAUAUUGUACACGAUCCAAGGAUCAAGGAACAAACGUUUUAUUAAAUGUCGUUACACACUUAUUAUGUUUCUGAUAUAGAACUAAUUAAUCGUUCAAAUGUUUCUCGCGGAAUUUCGUUAACAUUCAAACAUUAUAAACGACCCGACACGCAAAUUCGUUUGCGGUUCGAUACAUGGAUACUGGAUAUGGCUUCAAGCCUCCCUAAUUACGUUUUUUCGUAGUUUAUCUACGUAUUAUAUUAAAAAAAAAAGAAAGUUUAUUCACUGUAACAAAAACGAUAAUUAUCGUUUUAUAACCGCGUCGGGGGCAAUAAAUCAGGGAGGGGUGUGACGAAGAGGAUAUAUUCCCCCGUCAGGUACCUUAUUUGUCUUAAAUAUUUAUAAUAAUAUAUAUUUCAUUAUAUCUUCAUAGUCGCAAACAAAAUUAUGUAAAUUAUAACGAUUGUUCUUUAUCAUUUUUAUUUUCACGUUGAAAACAUUUGUUCCGGUAAUUUUCCUAAAGCGUCGAUUUUUUCAUCUCCCUCCCCUCACCCGCGGUAAUUUACGAACAAAACUGUUUUUGUUUUUUUUUUUUCCCCCAUCCACGUACAUGUUGGAUGGGUACGACGCGGACUAUCGAUUUAACGGUUCCGUGCGAAUUUGCAGGUGCUGAAAAUAAUACACGACGGGAUUUUAUUAGACAUACCGUUGAACUGUCCGCCGGUCAUUUGCGUGCUGAUGAACGGGUGUUGGAAAAGCGACCCGAAAGAACGAUUGCGGUUCGUCGACAUACACGAACGUUUGAAAAACGUCACCAGACAACCCGAACUGGACAGCCCGCUGCCCCGGCCGCCGGCGUUGCCGGCCAUCGUCGACCAUCUGAGCCUGCGAAAAAUCCCGUCGGAAGAACUUUUGGACGUCGACAAUUACCUGCAGCCCGACGAACCGGACAACACCGUCGAGUACAUAAUGCCGCUGCCAUAUUAAAAAAAAAAACCCCUUUUCAUGUUCCUUUCGCUAUUUCAUUCGCGCGUCGUCAUCCAAUAGGCACGCGUUUUAAUAUCGUAUUAUCGUACGGCGUAUUUUAAUCUACACACACACAUAUAUAUAUAUAUAAAUACACUAUUCUAGACGGGGGGAAAAAAAGUCAUACACGGAUUAUCGUGUAUGAAACGAUAUUAUUGUGUCGAAUUAUUUUUGUUCGCGUUGAUUGCUCGGUCCAGUGACGUGCCCGGGGAUAAUCCGCCGUCCGCUUAAUCCGGAAACGCGCGCGCAUCGAUGUGCGCCGCAAACUACGCGGGAAAAGUUCGCGGACUUUUUCUCCGCGGCCCAACGGCGGCCCGUCAAGGGCCCGCGUCGCCUCUAUGCGUACUAAGC